GACACAUAAACAUGGGAAAUACUAAACAAGGCUGUUCUGCUGGCAUGGAGUAAAUCAACUUAACUGACUCUGACUCCCUGCCAGAGCUUCCAGACUUCAUAAAUCACGUAUAUUAAUCGAUUAUCCUGUUUGUUUUGGUGCGUAAAAAUAGAUCUGUUGAGAUCGGUUUCGGUUUGUUUACUUACUCCCAGGUAAAAACUCCCUACAAGAGCUUUAACGAUUCUGAAAACAAGGCUUCCACAACAUACCUUUGGCGUUAAAUCCUCCUAAAAGGUCGUAGGUCGCCGUGUUAUGCUCACACAGUGAAGUUUUCCAGGAACACUUGAACGCAGCAGCGGUAAAGCCUUCAUUUGCACGCGUUGCCAGCCUGUCAGCUGCGCUCAGUGUCCUCGUCUCACCAGCAGAGCGCGUCCCUGCGCCUCUCGCUGAAAACGGGGGAUGCCUCCUACCACCAGAGCACAGACCCACUCCCCGUUUUCGUGAAACUGUGACAAGAAAAAAGCCCUGUUGUGUUUCUUUUGUAACACUGUCUCAAAGCUCAUGCCCUGCGAGCUCUCUCCACCUCCUCCACCGCGCACAGGACUCCUCCAGGAUGCUGAAGAACAAGCCCGACAUCGGGCAGAAAGUGGCAGGCUGCUGGAUUUUCCUCUCGCUCUGUAAGUCUUCACUUUACUUUCUAAUCUACAUGUCAUGGCAGCUGCGUGUCAGGGACAGUCCAAAACAGCAAACAGUUUGUGUCGCUUGUCAAAUGUGAAGCUUGUGUUGUUGUGAAAGAAGCGAGAGAGUAGCGCUCGGAUUGUGUUUAAAGGGGGCGAGAAGAGACGAAGUGCGAGGAGUGUAUUUCCCCAAGUGUUGGAGAAGUGCGGAGCCAUGAUUCCUCUCAACUUCCUGAGGAGUUACAAGGCGAAUUGUAAUUACUGCCUGCCAUGUGGGUUCAUGCAGACCAGUGACUGUAAGUUUGCACGAGUGUGAGUCACAGGAAAAGGUUAGAAAGCUUCUCCUUCGAGUUGAAAUGUGUCUUCGCAACAGUGAGUCGCUCCUACAUGACACAUCGACAUCAAACUCGAUAAUGUGGGCUGCGUGCACCUCAAGCCAGAGCUACUGUAAUAUUUACCCCUUCAGGUUCCGCUGUCAUUCUCGAUUGUGCAUUGUGAGUUUAGCCAACCCAAGCAGAGAAUUACACAACACCUCAUGAUUUGUGAUUUAUUCUAACUCGUUUUGCUGCCUCAGGGGGUUAAAACCGCUUACACAGCCUUGUCAGUCAGUUGAAAGAGUACUUCUAAUAACAGUCUGCUGCAGGGAGAUUACAUUUGUUCUCCCAUUCAUGAAGUUUUCAGCAGGAUUUGACACAUAACUAAUAGGCCAACUUAAAUCCAGAGGAAUAAAAUAACAUUUUAACCACCACUACACUUUUAUUGUCCUGCACAUACCCAUUAAAUCCAGUGAUGUGCCACUUGUCUAUGUUAGUGUGCAGCCGACCAUGUGUGGAUGCAGCUGUGGACAGAAUUACAGUGAGUGACCAAUAAUGCAGCGGUUCAUUGUAGCAUGUGGAAGACCUCCUGAGCAGAAAGAGAUGAAAUGCCAAGCUCAGGAUUGAAAAUUUGUUUUCAUAAAGGAUCUGCAGAUAAGUGUGUUUGCUGUGCAACAAAGAGCAUCGAUGAGUGAAUAAAUAACUGUUUUUAAGAGCACAAGCAGGUGUGUAAGAGGCAAACAGGGUUUCAAUGAAUUUUAAUGCUGCGAGGAAUUAUUUCUGGUCACACUUAUUUAAGACGAUGAAUUGAAUUCAAUUAAGGAAAACCAGUUUAUAUCCCAUGCUUAGUCACUCUUGCUUUCUAUUUUAUGAUGCUGUAUUUUGAGGGUAUUUUCACACACUGUCAUUUUUGAGGUCUCCUGGAAUGACCCCAGAAACAUCACCUUGUCUCAGUUGCUUGUUGCAGCAUUAAAAUAAAGGAACCCUGCUGUUCAUCCAGUGGAUAAUUUGGCUGCAAAGCUGCGAUUUAAACAAAUACUCUAGAAGCGCUUUAUAAGCAGUCUGUGCGGUUUGAGCCAGGGUCACUGAUAAUCCACUGUUCGACCCCGUCUUCAGGCGACAGCUUUGUCCGCAUGUCUGGCUCGGACUCAAGCACGUUUAGUCGAGCAUCACACUCUGACAAGGCUGCCUGUCUGCUCCCCCUCCCUGUAUGUAAUAUUCAUGGAGCUAACAUCAAGGCCCAGCCGAGGUCUGGAGAGCGUCCAGUCUGGUGACAUUAGGGGGGCCACCUCUGCUGUUUUUCAAUGAUGUCGUCCAGCAGACUGUCAGUGGAGCUGUUCGCAGCUCAGUCAGGUCGAGGAGCAUCACCCUGAAGUCCGAGUCCACACGGGCAGCAUUUCAAUCGUGGCAGAUGUUGCAGCUCUGCACAGUGUGAAUUUUACGGUGGGGGAAGAGAUUCUGUGAUGAUGAGCGGUUGUUUGGGUAGAGAGGGUGCCUUAAAUCUGCUUUUAUUAGGUGGGUUUGGGUUGGCAUUGUAAAAACACUCUGCUACUAAGAAAUGUUAAUUUAAUGGUGUUUCUAUUCCAUUUUUGUUUCAUAGCAAAAUAAAUCAGCGCUAAGGUUAUUCUUCUGUGAAAUCUGGAUUUGAAGUUGAACAGAAGUUGCAAACAAAACAAAACAAACCUUUCUUUAUCCCCGCUCUUUGAUGUGUGAAUUCAGGUGGCUGGGUUUUUACUCAGUGACUGUAAAUGAGACAGUGAGAUUGAUGUGGCCAACGAUAAGGACAGCGCUCAGCCAGAUAUGUCUGUCUAUGAUGACUCUCAGCCGCGGUCACAAUUGGAUGGCCACUGAAGGAAUGAGAUGUCCAGUUGGAGGGUGUUUUUUUUUCUCUGCGGGAUGGACAGCCUCUCGGCAGGUGAGCGAGAGAAGUGCUCUGUGAUUUGAGAGGAUUUCAGGGUCCAGUUGCAGCUGCUGAGGCUCCCACACGCUGAGAGGCUGACGCGGAUGAGGCACCUGGUUAAGAUGCCAUCAUAAGAGACCGAACUCCGUCAGAUCCCGGAUCUGCUGCAGAGAUUAGGGUACAUCUCUGGCUGCAUGGGGAGUUCUUAUAGAAAAGCUGCAGGGGAAAAGGCUCCUUGUAUUGGAUGAGCAGCUGGCAGCCAAGUGAUGAAAAGAUAAAUGGAUUUCUUAAUUAUUAAAACCAAAUAGUUACUCCUACUAACUACCUUUUAAAGAAAACACAAAUUUGGAGUUUCUGCUUCAAGGAAAAAGCUGCUAAUAUAUAUUCUGUGCUUCAAAACGUCGCGUUCUCCAUCUGGUUUCUCCAGAAGUGCCUAUCCCAGCUCUAACAUUAAGCAUGAUACUAAAUAUUUGAUUUAAAAAGCAUCUUUUAAAGCAUUUGGAUAUGUUUUAAGUAAAGCAUCUUAAAUAAAAGAUAAGAACUUAAGCAUAUUCAUUUUAAAAACGGUAUUGAGGGAGCGCAACUGGCUCUCUCGAGGUUCAGCGGCUCUGUACUCCCCAUUCUUAAAAAAAAAGGGCUUCACGUAGAGGGUUGCUGGCCAAGCACGAGCGAGAAUCAAAGUUUAAAAAUUAAGUGACACCACACCAGAUGAAGCCCGCAAUCAUUUCAUGCUGAACCGUUUUCAGAGCAGCUUUCAGAAACAGAAAUCAGAUGCAGCACUACAGCUGAACGCCGAGUACAAACGGUGUGCCAUCUGUGCCAGUACUUUGAAACACGACUUUUAUUGUGGUAGCGCCUGCUGCCUCUGUAUAUUUGCUCCAUGCAACAGUCACACUGACAGUCUGUAGUUAACUUUUCAACAUUUUUAAGCAACAAUGAUCAGUGGGCAGUGGGUUUGAACUACUGUGUGAGUCAUCUUUGGGGGUGAGCUACAAAGCUCUCAUGAAUGAUUCUUAAUUUGCCAGUUUAUCACCUUUUGUAUGUUCAGAGAAGACUUUAAGAGGGAAGAAGCAAACAGCACGGCAACACAGACUGAAAUCAGGGCCUGUCUGUACGAGUCCAAAUAUUUCUCAUUGAGAUGUCUCACUUGAACACUUCAAAGCUCUGUAGCAGUCUCAAACCAUCCGAGCAAAAUAGAGUUCUUGAGUUUUAAGUUUCUGAGCUUUCACCCCUCACAGAAAAUACCUUUACAAAAGUGUCAAUGAAACCAUUUUAUAAAACUGAUGAUAAGCUCAAUGUUUUUUCAUAUCAUGCUAAAAUUUAAACCAUUGUUAGCUGUUUUAAUAUGUAGGAAAUGGGAAUGCACACUCGAUCAGUCUAACUAGGGCAGGGCGAUAUGGCCCCAAAUCAAUAUCACAGAAUAUUGAGCAGUUCAUCUCGAUAACCAUAAAUGGACGAUAACUACUCCACAAGCUGCUCACCCCCUCCCACAUUAAUUACGUCUUCUUCAGCCACUACAACUUUUGAACCGUCCUCCAUCUCUUCUCCUGUCUUUCCCUCUUUGUUACGAACUGGAUGGGGGUGGAGUCACAUCUCUGAUGUAGGACAGCGUCUUAUGAGACAUGAGACCUACCUACACACAUCCAAAACCAACUUUUACUCUUUAUUUUUUUGACACUGAAUGUAUUGACAUGGGCAAAAUGAUCGUAAAUUUUGUUAUCUAUAAUAUUUGGUUUAUCGCCCAGCUCUUCGUCUAACCACAGACGUAGAUGUGAAGUUGAAUUAAAGCUUAAACCUCCUGGCAGACGGCUACAGCAGGCCCACCAAUGCCUCAAAGCCAACCAUGCUGCUAAUUAUGCAGAUUUAUGCACAACUCUGUACCUUUUUAAAUGAUCUAAAUGGUUCAGUUAAAGAAAAUCGUCCCUUGGAUAGUAUGCUUAAAUAAAAAAAGAAAAAAAGAGAAGUUCUGACAUGGAAACUGUUUACAAACCUAGACUUUGAGCAUGUUUAUUUAGGGUGACCAUAUUCUUAAUCCCCAAAAAGAGGACAUGACUACGCGGGGGCGGAGUCACAGAGUCGCACAUAGUUAAUUUUGAGAGUUUUUCGAGUCAGAGCGAGUUUUUUCACGUGCUUUUAACUCAGCAAGUCCACAUGACACAAACUCAAAACUUCCAUACAAAAUUCAUACAAAUUUGGAGGGUUUUGCAAACUCCCCCAGACAAAGCCGGACAGCCUCCAGAAAAGAGGACGUAUAGUCACCCUAGUUUAUUUCUCCUGCGUUGGUUUUGUUGGCACUUUCAGGGAUUUUAAGCCAGCCUCAUGUGGACACUCGAGGAACUGCAGUUUUUUACACUUGCGUAUUAGCUCUGCUUUUUAAUACCAGCGGUUGCUGCUCAGAUAUGACGUGCACAAUAGGAACAAAUCGUCAAAUGUGAAUGCAAGCUUCAACUGUUAUAUAACUGUUCAGUGUGUUGUACAGUGCACGUUUGUUUUGAACAUACUGCACCCCCUGAUUCCUGUAUAACUCUGAAUAGCAGAGGGAAUGCUCAGUCCUCAUUAUUUUAGGGUAAUUGUACUUCCAAACCUGGACAAAUUAAUUGUCUUUGUUUAAUCUGACAUAAAGCUGAUGUUGUCUCUGAUAGGGCAGAUGGUUUCCAGGAGCCCAUGUAUCCAGUGCUCCAAAAGAUCAUUACAGUAAUUAUUAUUUUCUAAUCAAAGCCUCUGGAGCAGCCUUUUGCGUAUGUUUUUUAACUCGUGUCCUUGAUGAUGAACAAAUGAAUCAAUGUGAAACUGUGUUUUUCCCUUUUUCCACACUUAUUCACUGAGGAUUUUCAUUGGAUUUGAUUCAUCAUCAUACACACAAUAUGGUAGUUAUUCUUGGUUACAUGCGGCUGCAGGCACAAUCUGUGCAUGCACAGUCAGACAGCAAACGGCAAAAAAACAGGUUGUGCUUUUGGUGCUUCAAUUUGUAGAAAUAAAGGACGGAAAUUUGCUGCAGAUUCGAGUAGCUCCAACAGCAAAAACAAAGCAAACAUGAGAGAUCUGUGAGUACCUGUUAAAUCAAACCCUAUUGUCAGCCGUCCUCUUGUCUCAUUUGAAUUUGACAACCUUCGAGGGACAAUUUGAGUCUCUUUGGCCCGCUGUGUGCUUUACACGUCCUUACAAGCCACUCUGCACCAGUUUGUGGCAUGCAGCUCCCAUUGUUGUUUGAACUGGAGUGCGGGGAGCUUCAGUCUGGGGCUCCAGAAGAGGUUGGUAAGAGGUGAAUUCAGGUUUAAUGGUGUGGGAUGUUUGUGUAGAGGUCUCAGAAGAGUUUCCUGGAUGGCAGCCGGGCUAUAAAUACCUACACGGUGCAGCUAACAUGAUUUCAGAUUUUUUAUUGUCUUUGCCUGAUCAAAUAACUUUGUUUUUGGGGACCAGCUGCAGUUGAGACUCUUUAACAUUCAGCCUCUGUGGAGCUUUUUGCAGACUCAUUUUACUUUGAACAUUCUUGUGUGCGAAUAUAAGAGCUCUUUUAAAACUCACACAGACGGCUAAUUAGCAUUCAAGUUAAUAAUACACCUGCACAGAUGGCUUUGUUAAUUUGAUUGACUAACUUCAAUACACCUUCGUGUGGUUCUCGCAUUAAAAGUAUGAAACGGAAAGUUUGAGUCGGGUACAGACAAGCUGUCGAACAAGAGUAUCACUGUUUAAUUGCUGCAAAUCUCCUAAGCUUGUUUUCUUUGUACACAUCCUGUAAGACAAAAGCUCUCAGCAGAAACUUUUGUAAAGAUUUCCACUCGCUAAACUUUGUAACUAAACGUUGAUUCUUUGUAGUCAAACUCUUUAAAUUCUGCCGAGACACUCUGAUUCCCUCCCUUUAUGCACAGUGUUUCUGAGCUAAUUGCAUCGGACGUCUGCUUUGAUUACUAUGACAAUGUACAUUUAGAUGCUUGUUGAAAAGCUUCCAGCAUGUAGAGUGAUUUCCUGAGUCUCUUAAAAUCAAAGAAAGCAAGCUACCCCCGGUGCGGCUCAAUUGAAAACACGCUGGAAACAACAGACUUGAUUAUGCAGGCUGAAGAUGCGAUGAGAUGAAGGUGCUCUCAUCAGCACUCCUGACAUAAUGGAGGGAGUCUCUCUCUCUCCCUAUACACCCCCACUGUACGCCGCCGCCGCCUCACCCUCUCCAGGGUGAGUUAUGAAAGGAUGGUGGAAGUUUGAGCAGAUGUAGCAGGAAGUAUCUUGAACAUGAGUGUUGUCCUUGAGGAGGCUUGUUUUCAGCCUAACGUUGCAUUUUUAAUCGAGACAGAAGCAGGAUGCAGAUGACAGUGUGACAGAGCUCAGGAUUUGGUGUUAUUCACAUGGCGUUUACGGUUCAAGAACACUGGAUGACUUAAUUGGAAAAAGGGCAUCGUGAUGGAAAUGAUGCGAACAUUAAAGUUACUCCCUUUUGCAGCAUCACCUGCUUCAUCGGCUCUGCAAAAUAAGCAGAGGCCCAUUUCCUUUCAGUCUACUGUCUUUCGCUGAAGGUUAUUCGGGGCUGUCCUCAUCACAUGAGAACUCCAUUAGCUGUAGACUGCACUGAAAAUUGGCUUCUUGCAGUGAGAAACAAUGGCAGCGAGAAAAAACUUUAUUUCAACAGGAAGAAAACUUUAGCAGAGGAAGAAUCAUCGGUGUACAGUCAUCUGCUGCGACUGAAUAGACCAUGACACUCUCAAAUACUGAACAAAGUCGAUCUAUGUUAAAAUUGUCAUGUUUGUGUCUUUAUAGCAGUGGGAUAGAUAGUCAGCUGCUCUGUAAUAUGAAUUACUAGGAAUAUAGGAAUAGGAAGCCACUAUUGAAUGAUUUGAUUGUCCUCCCACAUCCCAAAAACAUGCAGAAGUGGGGUUAGGUCAGUGGUUCUCAAAUCCAGUCCUCGAGCCCCCCUGUCCUGCAUGUUUUGGAUGUUUCCCUGCUCCAACACACCUAAUUCAAAUGAUCAGCUCGUUAACAAGCUCUGAAAUGGCUUAAUAACGAGCUGAUCAUUUGAAUCAGGUGUGUUGGAGCAGGGAAACAUCCAAAACACGCAGGACAGUGGGCCUCGAGGACUGGACUUGAGAACCACUGGGUUAGGUUAAUUGGCCACUUUCAAAUUGCCCGUAGGUGUGGAUGGUUGUUCGUCUCUAUAUGUCAGUCCUGCGAUGAACUGGCGACUUGUCCAGGAUGUCCCCUGCCUUCGUCCGAAGAUGCUGGGAUAGGCUCCAGCCCCCCUGCGACCCCUAACAGGAAUAAGCCGUAGAAAAUGGAUGGAUGUUUUCAGUGGUUUCGUUUUGAAAGAUGAUCGAAUUUUUGGUGAAGUUGUCACUGAAUAAAAAAUUGAAACCGAGUUUUCAGAGAAAAAAAUCAGGAUUUUAUUUUUGGCCAAAAUCGGGCAGCCCUGCAUUACAGCAGUAGUUUGCUGGAAGUGUGUAUCAGGAGGCUUGUAUGUGAAUAAAUAAAAGUCAGUGUGAGGAACUAAAAAUAGGGAACAUAAGAGGAACACUCCCCACUGAAAAACUAAUAUUCCAUCCAAAUCUGAGUCCAGUACCGCUCUCAGUUCUGGUCUUUAAACGACAACCUUUGCUUCUUUUGAAACAUGGAAAUGAAAUGUGAUUGUUCCGCUUGGCAAGCGUGCCCGCUUUGAAAACUGGCCUCCCUCCUUUCUUGUGUUUUGGCGCUUUUACGACAGAAUAAUGAGGUUCAUUAUAUUGUCCUUCUUUUCUCUGCUGGUGGUUUCACUCCAGGCUUUACACGCUGAAGAGUUUUGAAGUUUACUCAGAACUUUGAAUAAUUGAAGACGAGGGUUCCUCUUAAUAUCUGACCAUAUUUCUGCACAUUAAGCCAUGAAAUCAAACGCUUAGAGAUGGGAUCUGUUUUAUGAAAUAUGUACCGGUUAUAUUUGACUUCUUUUUGGGUGAUUGAAUCUCACUGCAGCCGGCUUGUUCUGCCCUCCGCCCAUCGAGGUUGAAUUAACACCUUCACAGGUGUCUUUGAGUGGCUGCUGCAGGCGAGGAAAUGUAACUCUUUCAGUCGUCUCAUUAAAGACUGUUUUUAAAGCUGACUGAUGCUGAAGAGCAGGUGGCCCGGUUUAAUGUAAGCAGCUUUAUGAAUUCAUCCUCAAUGACGCCGCUCUUUUUGAUGUAUUGAUUUGAAAUCCUGGGAUCUCUCUGUGAAGAUUUUCUUGUCUCCGAAUCGAUGGCAGUGUAAUUGGAUAGAAGCUCUUCUGGCUCUAAUUACGAGCUCAGACAGAUGAAUGGUGCUUUCAAAAAGAUAAAAUAUAGAAGAAGGUUCUGUGGAGUCAUCUUUACUUUUUAUUUUAACUUUUUCAAAGUUAACAAAUUGGAGAUGGUUAAAAUUGGCACAGAUGACAGCUGUAAGAUGAAAAUCUGAUCGGUCUAAAGGAGAGAAAGGCUACAUUCACACUGCAGGUUAUGAUGCACAAUUCAGAUUUUUACCUCCGCCAAGGAGGUUAUAUUUUCGGUUGCGUGGUUGGUUGGUUUGUGAGUUUGUUUGUCUGUUAGCAACUUUACGGAGACAGUAACAGACGGAUUGAACUGAAAUUUUCACCAGAGGUGCAUCUCAGCCCCAGGAAGAUACCAUUAAAUUUUGGAGAGGAAUUUUCAAUGCUGAAAGAUAACCAAUGGGCGGCAGAGUGGUGUAGAUGGGCAGCACAGUGGUGUAGUGGUUAGCACUGUCACCUCACAGCCAGAAGGUCCUGGGUUCGAAUCUGGGUCAGGGUAUUUCUUGUUUUAGGAACAUUAUGAACAGUGAACAUACCAGUUUAAACACAAAUAAAAGUUAAUAAAAGACACGUAACAGUAAAAGUUUUGGUGUGAAUCACAAUAUAAGGGGGACAUGAGCUGCUUGGCGGAGGUCUGCGCUCUCUGAGUGCUUUUCUAGUUUGUUAAAUCCGAUCUUUUUGUUCCCAUUACAACAACGAAUGCGGCAUCUAAUGUGAACGGAAUGCGUCCGUGAAGUGACCCGCAUGCGCACAAAGCACAAAUUGCUUUCCGCGCGUGUUCGUCUUGUCGAACAAUGAUGACGUUUGUCUCAUAUUGAUGACAUACAGGUUGGAUGAACGCGACCUGAGCGUCCACACUGCAGUCACAUCGGAUACAUAUCUGAUUUAUACCCACAGACAAAAGAUGCCUGGGUCGGUGUCACAUAUGGUUAAAAAAUCGGAAUUGACCGGUUUAUGUCUCAGUUUAAGAAAAUUCAGAUUUUUGAUUGGUCUCUAAAGUUUCACCCUGUUUCUCUCUUUUUUCCUCACAGUUCAUAUAAACAUCUCCGCUGGCAGCUCAGGAAAAGGCUGGCAGGUAAGAAAACAGUCGACACUUUUUUUCUUGUUUUAUUUUGUGUACAUGAGUCUCAACCCUUUCUCUGCUGCCAAAUUCUCUAAUAAUUUGUGUGAAUGAUUAUUUCCCAGUCUCCUCACCUCUAUUAAAGAUUUAAUUAGCUGCUCAGAUGGGGAAAAACAAGCAUGUUUCUGUUUUUUUUUCUCCCCCCAGUGGAUUGAUUAUUGGCCCACAGGUUUAGAGGUUUAAUUCACUCGUUCGCUCUCUACUCGAGUGCAAGAAAAACUUUCCUGCCGCUGCAUUUUCCGAGAGUGCAGUUGCUGUUUGAUAAAUAAUUAACAUGUUCGGUUGCUCUACUUCGUACUGGUUUGAGGAGAUGUUGACAGUAAGCCUCCUGGCAGAGGUGCUUAGCAUCACAGAAACUGGAAAUUACUGUCGCAGUCAAAACUGGUGUCAACAGCUUUUUAGCCUCCGGGGAGGUUUCUCCCUUUUGCUUUUUUGGUGUUUUUAUUUUUCUCCCACUUUUAGACAGAUAAUGUAAACACAUAAACCUUCUGUUUAUCUGAUUGAGAGGCAUCUUAAAACCAGAUAAAAGUCAGAAGCAAACAAACAUAUUAGCCUCUAAUAUUUCGGGUAGAAAAGUUUGCCUGAGUCACUUUUGUUCCUGGAAUAAGUCUUUCACAUUUGUAGCUACCUUUUCAAAAACAGAAACUAAAAGCUGUUUUUUUUUCUCUCACAGUGGAGAAACGAUUAGGGACAGCUGCCUGUCAGAGUGAUAGAGGAUUUAUUUAAAUGAACUCCAGUCAGGGGAAGAACAUUUUCCCCACAACAAUGGAAACAUAAUCAAGAAUAAAAGUCAUGUCUAAUGUGCUGGAAAAAAAGACAUUAUACAAGCUAAGAUUUAUGGAUUAAUGGAGUUCCUUUUAGCACAAACUAUAACAACACAUCUAUUCUUGCACUUUAACGUCAUAGACAAGCGUCAGAAAAACUUAUUUGUCUGUCAUCAUCUUGUUCCUGGCUCCAGCAUGUGGCUGCUUUUCAGAGCAUUAUACUUUAUUAAAGCUGCAGUACAGAGUUUCAGUUUAAACACACUGAUUAAUAAACAUUUGCACCAAAAAAAGAGGGAAAAUAUAUGGUGUUACAUCAAUUUAACUCAUUCAGUGCCAGGUUCAUUUAUGCAAUUUUCACCCGGUGCCACCAUUGACCGCAAUAGAAAUAUCUGCAUUUUUCAGGACCCACAGGAUAUCUUGUGCUUGGACUAAAACUAAGUGUAAUAUCUCCAAAAGAAAGGGGUGACUCUCUUCUUUCACCAGAAAAAAAACUAGUUUCUAACCCACUCCUGUGUUUAGUUAUUGCCUGCUCAAUAGUCAUAUAAUCUUUGCCGACUUUUCUAUAAAAUCUUUCAAAGUGAAACAGGUGGUAAAACGUAUGACCUUAUUGAAUGUAUGUAUGAGAGAAACCAGUGUGCAGUAGAGAUGAUCAGUCAGAGAAAAAGGUCAGGUGUGAAGCAGGGCUGCUGUUUUAAGCUCCAUCUUAAUAAACUCUGUCAGACUCUGAGGUCAGAUUCCUGCUUUAAGCAGAUGAUCUCAUUCUCUUCUCACCAAGCAGAGAUGGUCUCCAACAGUUCGGCCAGAACUGCUCUAUGUAACGUCAAUGUAAUAUUGUUUAUUCUUUGGCAAUAUUGUUCUGACUUCAGUGCCAAUGAAGCUUGUUUGUAUUGAAUUGAGCAGUGACACUAAGAUGAACUGUGAUGCUUUUUUAUGAUAUAUAAAAGAAAACAAGACCACCAAUAAAAAGAGGGACUUUUUUUACCACAUUAUCUUUAAUAUUUGCUCUUAUAUUCAAUAUCUGCUUUGUGGAAACCAGGUUUCUCUCUCCUGUGCGGAAGAAUAACAUGAACAAAUUAGAGAUGAAUACAAAUUUGUAGGUCAGGGGAGCGCUCCAGUUUAGUUUUAGAAAGUCACCGAAGUUAAUUUAGGCCUGUGGCUGUAGGGUUUGCACUUCUGUAUUAUUUUAAGAUGAAACCAAAUUGAUUCAUUAUUCCUUUUUCUGCAGAGGGAUUUUGAUGUACUGAAUACGAGGCAUUUCAUGUUACACAAAAAAAAUCAAACCUGUCUGUUCUGUGAAUAAAAAAGGAUUUCUUUCUGCCAGAUAUUCCCCAAAUCUGUUCCUUUAAAAGAAUGAAUUAAAAAAGAGAAACUCGCCAGGUGAAAGUGGAUUUAAGGGAGAAACUGAGCCUUAGUUUUGGCUUCAAACCGUCACUGUAGACCUCUGUUUGAUAAGCGCUUAUUCACAGGAUGCUGUUGGACAGUGGUCAGAGGGGGAAAACUGGGUCUGGAUAAAAAAGGAUUCACUGUCUGACUUCAAACAGCUGAGCUAAACCCAUAAUAAUCUGGUUUAAUCUGCAGGGAAUCUCCUGUCGUGUUUGUGAUACGUGCAAAACAAACCAAUCUCAAAAUGCAAAGUAGCAACUGACUAAUAGUUUUCGAGCUGCAGGAGUAAAGUGAAACUAUGACGACAUAUCCAUUUUGAUUGUCAACCUGUGACUCUCAUACGAGGAAAGAAAAGGUAUUCAUCUGCUUUAAUUCACAGGCUUGAUUUAGAAACUGGUGUCUCCGCUUUGAUCAAUAUUGCAGCGCGUAACAUCGCUGCAAAGUCUUGUGAUAUGUAAAGUAGGAAACAUUGUAGCUGUAAACAUUUACAAGGUUAUUUUGAGUGGUGGGGUUUGCAUGUGAAACGACUCUCAGCAUCUCCCUCCUCGUUUGAAGACAGCCUGAAGCCUCAUUGACUGGCAUCAGUUUGAACUUGGGUCGACUUGGAGACGUUGGCGAAGGUGAGCUCAGGAGCAGUGAUUAUGUGUUGCUUCAGGGCUUCAUAAACAGUAGUACAAGGUUGUUAAUGUGAGUAGAAGUGCUUAGAUGUUGUACAUUUUAAUGGAUUCAGUGGAGGGAGGAUGCAUUAGGACUACAGAGUGUGAGAAAUAAUUUACCAAUUCUUGCUUAGGGUCAUAAUAAACAGACACUUUGCUUCAAAACCACAUCAGACAUUUUUAGGCUCUCCUUUUAAAAAAAACAAGAGUCUUUACAAAGAAACUGCAGGGCUCAACCUUAACCUCCAGGUGAUCUCCAGGAAGCAACAACCACCAGAACGCAACCAGUAGAGCGAGGGUAACUAAAAGGGAUGAUCUGUGCGAGUCUUCGAGUUUUUAAAAUGUGUUUUCAAGGCUAAACGUCACGGUGUUACAUAACACAAACAUGACUUGAUCUUCAGUCUGUGCAGAACAAGACGAGGUGUGUUCUGCAGACAAGAGCGACACAUUUACUUCAAGCCGAAAUUAGACUAACUCGUCAAAUGCCAUCAAAUUUAACCCAAAAUUAACUCUGCAGGGUUUCUUUGUCUCUCCGAGACUAAUGAUCUUCAUUUCAGGGUAAAGUGCGGCAGCUCUUAGUCACACUAGAGCACAAAAAUCUGCUUGUCUGAAGUAACAAUGACUGAUUGGACAAUAACAUCUCCUCAGCCAUUCACAGGUUUUUGUGCUCACUGCCAGACAUGACUUUUGUUAUACCUUCACCAUGGAAACAGCAUGAAGCCAAAUGUCCCGUGUUUGAGGUUUUAUGUUCUCUCUGAAAUGUUCGGGGAGAGUUUUCUCCAAUUUUGGACACUACUUGAGCAGAGUUGUUUCUGUAACAGAACAUUGAACUUCAAUACAAAAAUAUAUCAAUACCUGUUAUGACACUAGCUGCGUUUACAUGGGCACAAAAAAUCUGAAUAAAUGCACGAUCGGAAUAAAAAUGCGUCAUAUAAACAUGUCGUUUGGAAGAUUCUGAUCCAAUUCGGCUCAAUCAAAAAGAAAUUGUAUUCCGAUCGAGAGGGGUGGUUUAUGCUGAUCGUAUUCUGAAAUGUGUCCAUGUAAACACCUACUCCGAUCAUGACUCUCUAACCUGACUCGGUCUUCACUCUUUAUUUAUUGAGGCCAGUACAGGAGGUUUCAUUAUUAACACUCCGCAGUUCCGUGUCUGCUCCUCUGAUAACAAAGCAAGGCGUAAUGAUGUCACAUCUGCACGCAGAGCGCAAUCUUUGACCAAACAGUAAAAUAAGUACACAAGGGCGCCAUCUAGUGACAACAUUUAACAGGGGGAAAACUCCUGAAUUGGAUGAAAUGAGCUACUGCCGCGUUUUUUGGUUUGUUGACAGCACAGACGUAAAUACAACUCUUCUUCUUCUGAGGUUGUUUUAGCGAAAUUAGACAACUCUGUGCAUGUCCAAAUGCUUCUAAUCUGGAUAAAGCUUGGUGCAUGUACACGCACGUCAUGAUCAAACUAUUUGAUUUUGCACCCAUAUAAAGAGUGGAUUCAGAUUAUCCGAUCCCUCAAACUUUUAAUCAGAUUAAGAAAUUUUGCACAUAUAAACAUGACUACUGCAGCAACCAGAAUGAUCCUCCAAGAACCCUAAAUGGUUAAUCUGACUGGUUGGUGUCAGUGUUUGAUUGACAGCAGCUGCUUGGCUGAUUUUUAUGAAGGUUAACAAACUGACUGACAGGUAGGAUGAUGUCAGCAGCUGAGGCACAAGCAACCUACUUUGUAAAACAGCUUUAAAACAAGCAGACAAGAACAGGAGUUAGACAGAACCCCAUCAUGAAAUAUAGCGUAUUUGCCUUAAACUCACAUGACUGCGCGAGGUUUUGUGAGAUUUCCAGUGGUGAGAUCUCGGACUGUUCUCGUUUUGAUGUGUAUCUGUGAGUGUAGUGUGCUUAUCGGCCUUCUUUUUGCUCUUCACACUCUCGGCAGAGCCUCAUGAAAUCUGUUAGGAUUUGUUACAGAUGGGGCAGCGCUUGGCCCCCACUGGUUUGAGGGUGCGCCUCAGGCUCUGAGUCCUCAUUGCAAGGUUAGUGAUUGGACUCCCAAGCACGAUCUUGUGCUGCAUGUCUUCCCUCACUCUCUACUCCCUAAGAGCCAAAAUGGGGUAGAGACACCAGACGUAGUUUUUAUCAGUUUAUUCAGCUCAGGUGUGGUGAAGAAUCCAACUGUUUUUAGGUAGUUUUCAACAUUUGUCGAGAUGUUCAAACUUCUGUCUUGUGAGUCAGACUUCUUCUUUGUCCAACGUUGGCUGAAAUCUUGUCAAAAACAUUUAUCAGCCAUCUCAUGUUAAGGCCAGAGAGCGUGCUGAGACCUUGAAUAGCUUUCACAGCAGGGCUUGACAGUAACGGUUCCCCGUGUUGCCAGGGGCGACCAGAUUUGGUCCGCUGUCAACAAUUUUGUUCGGUCUAGUCGCCUCUGUUGGCAGCUUUUUUUCCCCCCUGUGCUUGGAAAAACAAGACUAAGUCCAUCUGUCUUCUGACUGAGUGAGCGUGCCCCCGCUGAACCGUUUUAAGGCGUGAAAAACUUUAAAAUUAUGAAUGAAAAAUGGGAAACUUGAAAAUUAAUGUGGCACACAAGGGAAAGGUGAAAUAAAUGGACCUGGAGAAAAUGAGAAGAAACUUAAUUAAAGUUUUUGUCGAUGUGAAAUCACUGUUUUCUCCGGGCGUAAUAUAAAACGUGUUAAGACCAACAGGCUGAUAAACAAGAGAGAGCUGUGAGGCUGGAGAUACUUUGGUGGUAACUCUGCAUAAGCAAACACAUGAUGGCCGCCACGUGUGCGCAGCAUUGGAUUGGUGCGCAGGCUGUGCAAAACCUCCAAAAUUAAUAGGACAUGGACAUAAGGUGCAGUGUGUACAACGUGUGUGUAGAGACAGAAGGGAAGUGACAGUCAACAAGACAGCAGGGACAACAAUGGCAGAAUUUUAAGUCAGCAAAUAUCCACAUCUGUAUGGUGUUCAAGAAACAGCUGGACUCAGAGGUUUAAUUAACCGAGCAGGGAGGAAAACUGCGAAGGGUGUGAUCGACUUUAUUCAGACAGUGCUGUUUUGUUCAGAAACGACUCUGAUGAAACAGAAGUAUGAAACCAGGCCUGUGUUUGUUCAGUAUGCAGCCGAUGGUGAAUUACCCUGCUAAUUAUCUGACUUUGUAAAUGUGAGAUGUAAAUGCAGAGACAUUAGUUGCUGAUUGUGGAUUAUUAACGACGUUGAGCCUCUUGUCCUUGUUUAAACCCUUUUAAAUGUGUGUUUUUGUGUCUGUUACACUUAAGGAGAAGAGACAGAAGGUCAGCUGGAGUGAAAAUGAUUCAUAUGAAGUUGUUUAACGUUAAGAAAAUAACUGUCACUGAAACUUCCGGUUUAAAAAAGAGCAGAAUAAUACCUGUUACUUACAGUGAAUCAAUCACAAGAGUAACCUUUGGGUGCGUGUUUUUAUUACCUGUGUAGCUCAAAUCAAUUUCAAUUUCCAGUUUUGAAAUAUCUGAAGAUUUUCACAGUGACUGUGGACGACCUGGUUACUCAUAUCCCUGCAGCCAUGAUAAUUACAGUGUCCAGGUUUUCAAGUGGCAGUUGAGUCUUUUUUUUUUCUCUUUGCUCUGCAUGAACAUCAAAAAUCUACAGAAACUGUGACAUUUUAUGCCGCUUUUUCUUUUAGAUUACUCCAGAGUACAAUCCAGGACUUGAUAUUGAUUGCAUGACCUAGAAUACUCAAAAAACAGGAUACUGAUGCUGGAGUAGGGCUGGGCGAUAAAGCUUCAAAUCAAUAUCAAGAUAUAUUGAGUAGUUCACCUCGAUAACGAUAAAUGGACGAUAACUACUCCACAAGCUGCUCACCCCCUCCCACAUUAACUUCGUCUACUUCAACCGCUACAACUUCUGAACCGUCCUCCAUCUCCUCACCUGUCUUUCCCUCUGUGUUACCGACUGGAUGGGGUGAAGUCAUGUCUCUGAUGUAGGACAGCGUCUUAAAGGGACAUGAGACCAUAGCCUACCUACAAACAUCCAAAAACCAUGAUAAUUCCAUUCUCUCAUUUUCUAUUUUUAAUUUCAAACCAAAAUCAAAACAGCAAAAAAUAGGCCGUUAUUGUUGUAAAUUUUAGUAUCGCUAAAUUUUCAGUUUAUCGCCCAGCCCUAUACUGUAUGCUUUACUUGAAGCAAUUAUUUUUACCAAAUCGAUUCAGUAGGCCGUCCCUUUAACCUGUCUUCAACAAAGAUGGGCCAUAUGAACUAAAACUGUCUUUUUGCCACUAUGUGAGCGUUGCUCUGCAGUAAAAAUGGAAAUUAAUGAGUUAAAAUCCGGAAUCCAGUUUCUGAAUCCCCUCUACAUUAUUUUCGAAAAAAAGGUCGAUUUCGAUAUAAUUUGGGACGCAGCUCUGUUGUGCGCCUUCAUCUCAAUUUGACAGGCUUUAAUUCUUAAAUAACAGUGAGUAAACUUGCUAAUUUAACAGACGUUAAGCAUAUGUUGUACAUGUGCAGAAGUUACACACACACGAGGGGGUCUUGACUAACUGCCAGUAACUGACAUCCAUCAUCACUCCGAGUGUUAACUCAAACUGACGGGAAUGGUCUAUUGCUAGGUUUGCAAUCUCGCUCCUGAAAGAAACUGUCAGCGGCAUCAGCACCUCUGUUGGUAUCAUUAAGAGCGAGUUAACAGUUUAACUUGUCUGUUUUCAGUCUUUUAUACCCCACAGACUGUUAACAACAGUUUUUUACUCCUCGCUUCUUAUUGAAGUCGACAAAACCUGACAAGAGUAGCCUGCUGAUGUUCUUAGCCAGCAGACGUUUUAAGUCAUUAAGUCAUUUCACUUCAAGAGCUCUUGUUUGUGGGAGGAAAAUUACUACUGAAUGAAAUUUUAAUCUGUCACUUUUCUUGGCACCCUGACGUGGAGGAGGAUUACAAAGAGCUUUUUGAUUUUAAAACCAGUCAAUAAAUGUAGAAGCAUCAUCAAAGUGAAGCGUACAAUUUCCACCGCGCCAGAAAUCAUUUUCUUUUUUUAAGUUUAAUGUGAUUCAAGAGUAAAGACGUGCAAAAAGCGAGUGAUUUCUCAGGAGUUAAAGGUGCUCAACGCUCUUGUAGAGCGGCGGCUACUGCGACAUCAAAUGUAUGUGAAAAUUCAGAAAACCUGCAACCUUGAAUCACUCUUUCCAUCAGUGAGCAGACGGCUAAUGUGAGCAGACGGGUCACACACAUCAGUGGAGCGUCUGUGCCCCCAGGGAUGCAGAGCUGUUGCAGCGGGCAGGAGCUCUGCGGUAGAUACAUGUGAAGCUCUUCCAAAUGGAGAAGGGCAGGGAUCACUGUGUUGUUUUUGCUGGUGUCCUCAGUUACAUAACGGUGGCAUUAAGAAGGUUGAGCAUUGUUUCAAAGAGUUUUAACCUCAGCCAGCUGUGGUUUCUGCUGUUGCUCCACGGUUAAGCUGCCCCAGACCCAAUCUUUCCGUCUGUCUGCAUCAGUGCCGUGGUGCCGCACAUCAAAAGCACUCAUGGGUUUCUGAAGGUAACCUCUUCAGAUGGACGCUGAACUCUCAGCUUUCUUUUGUAGCACCUUUGGCUGCAUGUUUUCAGCUGCAAAUGACUGUCAGCCUGCUGUCAGGUGGGAUUAAGGAGAGGGUUACCUGCUUGCAAAAGCCUCGAAGGCCAAAAAGCAGCCGAGUUCUGUGAGGUGAAAAUAAUUCAGCUCUCAGUAAUAACCAAGAUGAUGUUAGACCAGAUCUGAGCUCACUCAGCUGCAGAAUAUGGGAUCAUUACCGGAGAAAGAUUUGCAGCUCUGGUGCCAAUCAACCGCGGGGAGUUUUUGGAGUGGAGAAGGUUCAGGUUUCAAAAAGAGGAGAGAUAAGAAACCUUUUUACCAUGUUAAUUCAGCCUUCACUUUGUUGUUGCUGCCGCUGUGUGUAUUUAGGUAAAACGUGACACAUUUCAGAGAGAGAAAAAUACCUUUUCAAAAUGUGAACCAACAAUAGAACAACUGCUUGGCAUGUUUAUACUGCAUAUACAAUAUAUUGUGUUUGAAAUCCUUCAUGGAGAUUCACUGGAUGAUUACAGUUUUAGUCAAACCUGGGAUUUCCACUGCAUCCGGAACGACAGCAAUUUUCUUACUGGAUCCGUUUGUGAGGCAAAUUUCGUGGCGGGUUACAGACAGCAGGAAUCCCGAGAACUCACAAGAACGAUUCACGUGCAAUCGUGAAAUAACAAGUUGUCUUUAGCCACACAGGCUAACCAUAUAAGCAGUAGAUUGUGUCCUUCCAGAGGAGUAAAUCUACUUCUAGACUCAUAAAAUCUGCAUCCUCUCAUCCAUGGUGUCAUUGGGGUGAAAUGCUGUCUAUAAAACUUUCACUUGUUCGUCUCCGCCUGUUUGCAUGGUGUGAAAUACGACUGGCCUGAAAAAUGUAGUGUUUUAUUUUGAAAAGAAGCCGGAUGUUUUAUUUUGUGUCUGUGCCCGACUUCCUUUCCAGCACUUGUUAAUCUGUACUAAAUUUAUCCGGCAUGCUCAGGCAUCCAGAAAAACAGAACUCUCUUGCGAUCAGCCGGUGAUCUGCAGCGGAAUGGAAAGAAGCAACUGGAAAUUGACACAUUAACUUGAAUGGUUACGAUCAGCUACGAUCGGCGGAUACGGCCUUUCCGGAUGUGGUGGAAAUUGCCAUAUUACUCUCUUGGUGGUAGAUCAUACAGAUCCUUGGGUUGUGAAAAACACUGAAAAUUUACUGAUACCAAAAUUUAUGACAAUAAUCAACAUCAUUUUGCCCAUAUCGGUAUAUUCGGGGUCAAAAACAUAAAUAAAUUAAAGUUGGUUUUGGAUGUGUGUAGGUAGGCUAUGGUCUCAUGUCCCUUUAAGACUAUGUCCUAAGUCAGCGACGUGACUCCACCCCAUCCAGUCAGUAACAAAGAGGGAAAGACAGGUGAGGAGAUGGAGGAGGGUUCAAGUUGUAGUGGCUGGAGUAGACAAAGUUAAUGUGGGAGGGGGUGAGCAGCUUGUGGAGUAGUUAUCGUCCAUUUAUCGUUAUCAAGGUGAACUGAUCAAUAUACCGUGAUAUUGAUUUGAGGUCAUAUCGCCCAGCCCUAUAAUAUACUGUGUUUGAAAUCCUUAAUGCAGAUUCACAAGAUAAUUGCAGUUUCAGUCUCACUCUGCUGGUGGUAGAUCACACAGAUUAGGGUGACCAUACGUCCCCUUUUACCUGGAUAUGUCCUCUUUUUUGGGGGGCUGUCCGACCUUGUCCGGCUUUGUCUGGGGUGUUAAUAAAAUCCUUCAAAUGUCCGAGGUUUUUUAAUGGAAGUUUUGGGUUUGUGUCACGUGGACUUACUGAGUUAGAGGUGCAUAAAAAACACUCUGCAUGGUCAUGUCCUCUUUUUGGGGAUCCAGAAUAUGGUCACCCUAAUGCAGAUCCUUGUUAAAAGAGGUAGCCUGUACACUCUACCUCCCCUGGGAUUGGCUGUUUAGCUGUAAUGUGACAAAGCUUGAACCUGAUUGGACUAUUUUUGCUGAUGUUUCCUGAGUUUCUCUGCAGCUGUGUCGUUCGUUAUCCCCCGCUGUGCAAAAAUAGCCAUCUGAUUAAAAUGAAUGAAGGGAGCCCGUGUAACAACAACUCCUGAAAUACACGGAGCAAAUCCAUGUUUUACAGCCCUGCAGAAUUUACAGUGAAAGUACACUCCGAGAUUUCUCAUUACAGUCUAUCGAGGGUCACAGACAAUCAUGUAGCAGACAUGCAUGCACACGAUUCUAACAGUUGCUCACACACAAUCGAUAUAAUGAGCAGCAUUUCACCGCCCAUUUAGCUUAUUACACUGGAGGUUUUGAUUUAUUUAGUUUGACAGCGUCAGUGCAGUGAUUUUCUGUUUCCCGUCUGCUGAGGGUUGAGUUUUUCUGGAGGAGAUGGAGCGAAAAACUCUGCACCUGCCAAUCCUCUGAUGCAGCGACUGUUUCCAUCUGCGGGAGCUUCUUCAAUCAGUUUACAAUUAUCAGUGUCCCUCUUUUUUUUGAAAGUCCCCCUCUCUAUACGGACCCCUCUUUUCAAUAUAAUGCACUUUUUCAAAGAUUCCAUAUGUGUCAUUAUCUGAUACCCAGGGAGACCCUCCUGUGUUGAGAGAUGCAUUAUUAAAGGUGCGUUCUCUCCUCGGCUGCAGGAAUAAUUUCAGAGGAGUCGUGUGUGAUAAGAUGAGACAGAAACCUUUUGGGCAUGACUAAGGCUACUGAGUCCAAUUAAGCUGAUGUCUUGUACCCACGAAUUAAAUCACCCUGAUAUGAUCUUGUCUGCCUGUGCAUAUAUUUGCCUCCAGUUCUGAUCACCUGAAACACUGGAGAAGACAGAGCACCUCACAUAUAUAUGAGCGAACGCUGUGCAUUUCCUUGUAAUUGGGGAACUUUCUGCAGUUAUUUUCUACAUCUGAAGACGUGCGUUUGUCAGAAAGCUGGAUUCAGGAUUUAUUGGAUACAAUAAGUUUUAAAAUCACAGGAAACGUGCCCCACAAAGAAAUUAAUUGAUGUUUGGUUGCUGUUCGGAUGCAAGUACUGCACCAAAAAACUACUUCCCUCUCUGAUAUGGAAAUUGGAAAUUUGUGCAAAGGUAGGAGGUUACAUGAAGUCUGAUUCAAACAAACUACCACCAAGCUACAGUGAGUCCCUGCUACCACUGUACCACACCCGCUGAGACUGGAUUUAUGACUUAGUUAAGCUCUCUGAAGGCUGCAACAGCUUGCCAGUAAAAUGAUUGUUAGUCUAGCGGAAGUCAUAAAUCAAAACAGUCCUGGGUUUGUCAUUAUCUAUUAAUACUCUGCUGCUUUGGAGCUCCAGAAACAGCCACAACUCACACGUCCUCGCCUUCUCCCGAGACUGAAAGAUCCCCCUAUGAAAGACGGAGGUAAAAGACAGCUCUUCAAAGUUUGCUCAGCUUGCAGUUGAUUUACUCAUCCCUCCGUGGUCUGCUGCGCACUGACAGCUCUAGAGGUGGAACAGUGUUGAACGCCUUAAUUGAGCCGAAUGUGCAGGGCCUUAGAUGCUGAAGGCACAAAACCCACACAAUUAGAAAGGACUAACGACAUGGGGUAUCACCCAUUAUUUCUCCAAAUAACCCGCAGGGCUUUCCAUAUUUGGUCUCACUAAGUCUUAAUUAGUGAUUAGGGAUGAAGGAAUGAAGUAUUUAACAGAAAGCGAGCAUGUUCAGAAGAGUCUUUCACAGUUUGUAAAUGUGUUAAAACAAAAGCAGCGAUGUACAAUAUUCAGGUCAGAGUUUCAAGACUUAUUCCAGAAAUUUUCACUUUUCCGUGUUGAUUAAAAACUUUUUUCUGUCUUUCCAGAGCCAAGAUGAUAAACAUGUCAUCCACAACAAUCAGCUGGGUAAGUCUGUAUUACAGUUUUCUUGUCAGUUACAGUUGCUGUCGAAGUUAGAAAGAAGAAAAGAAAGAAAUACUAAAAAUACAGAAAAAUAAAAACCUGACAGAGCUGUACAGUGAAUUUUAUUUUUACACUGAGAUAUGAGCUGUAUAAAACAUCCUCACUCAGAAUGAUGACAUACUGACAGCUGAAUGGAGGUCUGUGUUUAAUGGUCGUGCUUUUAUGCUGUUUUGGUUUCGAUGAAGCUCUCUGUCAGAGAUCCUCUGACUAACUGGUAGCAAAAUACUUUAAAGGUCGUAUGUUUUGAUGGAUUAGAAUAAAAUCUGUAUGUUAUGGCUGAUGUUAGAAGGUCUGAAGACUGGUGGUUCUAGCUCUGCUGUUGUUAGACACUCUGCAGAUCAGUUUGACCCUCAAAUUGAGUAUAGAAUUUUUCUUUGGGGAUCAAUAAGGUUCUUGUUUUUGUUCUUCUUUUGCAUUAUCUUCUUUUUCUUCUUCUUCUUCCCCUGCUGCUUCUUUUUACUUUAACUUCUUUUACUUCUUACUUCUAAUACUUCUUCUGCGUUUUCUUUUUCUUGUUUUACUUCUUCAAUUUUUACUUUUACUUCUACUUCUUCUACUUCUACUUCUACUUUUACUUCUACUUCUACUUUGCUUCUACUUCCUCUGCCUCUUCUUCUUUGUCUUCUACUUCUUCCAUUUCUUCUUCUGCUUCUUCUACUUAUGCUUCUUCUUUUACUUUCACUUCUACUUUACUUUACUUUAACUUCUUCUACUUCUACCUUUACUUCUUCUACUUUCUUCCACUUCUUCUAUUUUAUCUUCUUCUUCUUCUACGAUGACUUCUUUUUCUACCUCUUCUGCUUCUUCCUCUGCUUCUACUUUUACUUCUUUUACUUUUCUUCAAUUUCUUCUAUUUCAUCAUCUUCUUCCUCUUCUACUUCUGCGUCUUCUUUUUCUACUUCUGCUUCUUCUUCCACUUUUCCUUUUCUUCUACUUCUUCUAUUUCAUCUACUUCUACUACUUCUUCUACUUCUACCUCUUCUUUUUCUACCUCUUCUGCUAUUACUGCUACUGUACCUCUUCUUUUUCUACUUCUUCUUCUAAUCCUUCCUCUUCUUCUUCUACAUCUUCUUCUACUUCUCCUCCUUCUCCUCCUUCUUCUCUAAACUAUUUUCACAUUUGCAGGCUGGUUGAAAUUUUCCUUUCCUUUCCACUUUUUAAUUUCAGGUUCACCUUUCCUAACUCUUUCACAUGCACUUAUUAGUUUCUUAAGUUUCUCUGUAUUUACCCAUUAAGUUAUUGACUAAUAUAACAUUUAUUCUUAUGUCAAGUCCAAUCAAAACUCUUUUAUAUACAUAUUUUGUGUCAUUCUCUGAGUCCUGUAGCCUCAGUGUUUGUAUUACCCUCGUUCAAAGCUGCUGUUUACAGUGCGGGUCGGGUUUUGUUCUCUGUUGUGUUUGAUUUUCGGAUCAUUUCGCUUCAGUGGAACUAAUUAGUAAAGUUGGCGCGCAUUCAAAGGGCUGAACUAUUACUGAGCAUUUUCCACUUUAAAAUAACUAUACGCUUGAGAUUUGGGAACCCGUUAUCAUUUGAUACAAUCAUCAAUAAUAAAUGUUGGAAUGAAAAAUGUGAAACUAUCAAGUUAAGUGAAAAUAAUAAAAGAGCCUUUGUCUGAGGUCCGCCUUGAAAAUUGAAUCUUUGGAGCCGCUCGGACGUUUUCAUAAAUACAGCCUCAUCUUGUCAUCGAUUUGACAGCAACCAGGAAUUUCAUAAGCAGAACAAAUAAAAAGGUCUCAUGUGUGCUUUUCAUGCUUCAGAGCGCUCACACAAUCACCGUCUGAGGGUGAUUUUUUCGGGAGCCUGUAGAGGAGUUUGAAGCUGGUUUUCUGGACCUCUGCCUGUUGUUCAUUCAACUGGGUCACCACGGACACAAAGGCGCACAAAAGCAACUUCAUAAUGCUCUCAUUUGGCACCUCAGCACAGAGAGGAAAUACAAACAGACAGCUAUCUGAAAAAUAGAGCCUCGCUAUCUGGCACCGGCACAGUGUUUCCCUUUGUGACACCAGAGAAGCUGCACACCCCUGCAGAGAGUGUUGUUUGUGGGAACACAAAUUCAAAAGAUGAGCAAAGGAAAGUCAGACUUUUAUUGUUGAAACCAUACAGCAGACAUGAAAAGGUGUUGUUGGCUUGUUUAUUUUGAAAGAGCAGCUGACCUUUUUAGAAGCUGUUGAAGGAAACCUCUAAAUAGUCCAGCCUUUAGGGGGACAAAAGAGGCCAUAUGUAAGUGGAAUAGUGUGUCAUUGAAGUCCGGAUGAAAUGAGACACACUGCUGAUCUACGUUUGUUCGGACAUUCAGAGAAAACGGAUAUCAGCGUGAUCUCUUUGGCUGGGUUUUGCUGCAUGUAUGUUAAUUAAAAUUGCAAUAUCAGAGCAACGCAGUGAACUGAGGCACUGAGGCAGGUGUUUGUGAAAGUGGUACUGUAAUAAGAAAAAACAUUUACAGUUCAUGGUGCACUAAUGUGCAGACAGAGACAAGUGUAAAAGUCCACUGAUGGUGGACUCACUGGUGAUCAGCAGCUGUGAUCCUCUUCACUUAAAGCCCCCAAGUAAAGUCACCUUAUGUGUUUUUCUUUUUCCCUCUUCGCUGGCUUCUUUCCUUUGCAUCUCUCCAUGCCUCUCCGGUGGUAGGGACUAUGACACAAAGCUAGGGCUGGGCAAUAAUUCGAAAAUUUACUGAUACAGAAAUUUACGACAAUAACCAACGUCAUUUUGCCCAUGUCAAUAUAUCCGGUGUCAAAAAAAUAAACAAAUAAAAGUUGGUUUUGGAUGUGUGUAGGUAGGCUAUGGUCUCAUGUCCCUUUAAGACGCUGUCCUACGUCAGAGACGUGACUCCACCCCAUCCAGUCCGUAACAAAGAGGGAAAGGCACGUGAGGAGAUUGAGGACGGUUCAAAAGUUGUAGUGGCUGAAGUAGACGAAGUUAAUGUGGGAGGGGAUGAGCAGCUUGUGGAGUAGUUAUCGUCUAUUUAUCUUUAUCGAGGUGAACUGAUCAAUAUAUUGUGAUAUUCAUUUGAGGUCAUAUCGCCCAGCCCUACACAAAGCUGAUAUUCCUCUCCCUCCCUCUUCUUUCUUGUCUAUUCCUCCCUCUUUUUUCCCUGCUUCCUCUUCCUCUCCUUUUUCUUCUUCUUCCUUUUAUCAUCACUUCCUUUUCCAUUUUCUCCUCCUAUAUAUUCUCCUUCUUUUCUUCUUCUCUUCUUCGUCUCCUGUCUUUUUCCUCUUCCCCAAUCAUUUACCUUGGCCUUAUAUUUCCCUCUUCUUUUUUCCAUCCCCCUUUUUUGCCCUCUCUUCCCUGUCUUCUUUCUUAUACCUUUUUCUCCCUGUUUUCCAUCUUCAACUUUUAUUAUUCUCCUCCUCUUCGUAUCAGUUUAUAUUAAAGCGAUCAAACCAACUUAAUAUCCUGCGGUAUGACCGAAAUCAAUAAACAUCAUAAUAAAUCUUUCAGGUCUCGAGGCUUUCACAUUCAAUCACUUCAGUGAGAUCACUUUAUUUUCUGACUCUGAGCCUGAAGUAUGAAAAGAAUAGGAAAGAAAGAGAGAGAUGUUUAAUAUGCACAGUGUAACAGCGGAGGAGCUCCAGUAAUGAAUGAUAAUGCAAAUGAAGAACUUUUUAAAUUAAUCGAAGUUUACAGGAACAGAAAGUUUUUUCAGAUCAUGACUCUGUCUCUGCCUGCCUCGGUUCCCCCGUACAUUUGUAAUAUAUAGAAAUCUCUGCAUGGCUCCUAAUAAAUUCUAUCAAGCUCUGACCUCAGUGAGACUAAAUGAUGUCUAGCUUCAGCGUUUUUCACGAGUAGCUUUAGAAGAGAGGCAUAAAGGUACUUAAUGUUCUUAUCUCUUAUGUAAUGUUGAAAUGAGGCUGAUUUGAAUAAAACCACGUUUGCUGUUAACCCUGUUUCAUUUCAGUUCAACUGUUAGUGCAGGUAUAGAUGUUUUUUUUACCGGGGUCUUAGAGUCUGCUGCUUCUUCAGAAUAAAAUUAAAACUUAUUUUAUGCCAUAAAAUCACCUCAUCCUGUAUCUCACCCAUCCAUCCUGUACUUAAAUCAAAACCAGCUACUCAACGGUGAAUCUCAUCAGAUGGUCAGAAGCUUGAAGAAAAACUUGGCUUCUCUUCAUACAUCGGACCAGAACCACCUGGAGUCUCGACUUCUCGCCCAGGGUUUAGUGGAGGAAUCUGAUUCAUGUACAAAACUGGGAAUUUAGGCUUUAAAGCUCCUGUAAGCAGUUUUUUAGGCUCAUGAAAUAGACUUAAAUUCAAAAACAUGACUUUGUAUGAUAUAUAUAAAGAUAUAUAUAUAUAUAAGCAAACAAGGUGAUCAGAAACAAGAUUGAUGAUUUUUAAAUCAUUAUUUUAAAUGCUUAAACUUAGGCAGGAGGGUAGGUGUCAGCCAAGCAGCUGGAGAAAUAGUACUGUUUUUAUAUUUUUCACAUAAAAUGUUCAUAAAAAAUAAUAAAUUUGACAGUCAGAAGUCAAAAUGAUGAGAUUUUUUAUGUCAGGAGAUAGCGUAGAGGACAAGAUAGGCAAAGACUGCUUUGUCCAGAGGGGGCGCCAAAACUGACACAAACGAGAGGUUCUUCACGGGAGCUUUAAACAAAUCCAUUAAUCUAUUACCUUUACUACUGAUUAUAAUCGGGGUCUGGGGAAACCAGUACCAGCUGACUUUUGGGGGAGAGGCUGAGUCCACACGGGAUCAGUAUGAUCAGUUUCUCUGUUUGGUCAGAGGUCUUGAAGGAGGAUUUUUUUCCCUGACCUCCAAAACUAUGACAGGAAGAAACAUCUGCAGCAUUGCAUGGUCUUAAUGCGCUGCAGCUGCGGGGACAUCACAUUACCUGCAGUUCUCGGUGGUUCUCCUGGACCUGACUGCAAAGAUAUGCAUGCAGAGUGAACCUUUAGUCUCUGACUUAUGAGGGGAAGCCCUGAGAUCAGGUGUUUAUCCCAGAUUUUGCAGAAAAAUACUGAUGUUCAUUAUCUGUGGAAGCGCAUAAAUAUUCAUGCAAACAGCAGUUGUUGCCAAAACCAGUUUUUUAUUUUCUUCAAGUUUUGGUGUUUGAAAGUUGAGGGUCAUGGCCAACUUUGUAACACAAACGCUGAAUUGUAAUGCCUGAGAGUAAGAGUAAGGGGAGGUGUGCCAGAAUUUAAAUCAGACCAUCAGUAUAACAAUAAUUAAACUCAGGACAGCAGCUGCACUGUCCCCUCUGUAGAUGUAUUAUAUUCCUGCCGUGGCUCUGGGCCAGCUCCUUCAGGCCAGAGGGGACCAGCUUUGUAUCUUUAAGGAAGCACAAUGUGCUAUCUGAACUCUUCCAGAGCUCCCUAUGUGUUUCCUUUCCUUUCUUUCCUUUCUUUUCUCUUCUCACAUGCUUGGCUACAUGCCGGAUCUAUUGUCUGAGAUUUUCUUUUUCUCCUGUUUAUUAUCCUGCACGGGGCUGAUGACUUUACGGCGCACAUCAAUCCUCCAAAAUGUCAUAAAUGCAGCUGCUGUUUACGACCGCAUGGAGGUAUGAAAGCGUGCGAAUCGUUAAAAAGAUAGCCUUUAAAGAAUUAUAGUAAAAAAAAGUUACUAUCAAGUGACAUUUGGUUCAUUUUUUCAAGCACUAUUAUGGAUAAUGAACGGCUUUCAUAAGCAAAACCAGGACUACUUCCUGUGUUAAUUGCCUCGGCUCCUUGAAUAAUUGAUGCAAAGUGAGGUUUAAGGGUUGAGUUCAGCACUCAUUAGUCCUCAGCUGAGUGUCCACGGAGUCAUGAACUCCAGAGAACCUUUAAUGAGCGAGAUUACGGCAGGUUGGAGACUCCUUUUACUGACCUUUAGGCUGUUGAGUUGUUUUCCGUGCGCACGUCUGCGUCACUUCUUGGAGAGAAUUCUAAUCAGCUAAAUUUUACAGCAGAGUUACUUCUCUCUCUGAUGGCUUUUCCUCUUUGUUCCUUACGCUCUCUUCGUAGGAGGUUGUCCUUUUCUUUUCCCCCUCAAUUAUAUUCAUGACCCUGACCUUUUCAUCCAUAAGCCGAAGCUUAAAUACACCAUGCUCCUGAUUGAUCUUGUACAAAGCAAUUAAAAGUUUGUAUUAAUAUGGAAGAAAAAAAGGCUGACAGAAAAUCGUUUCACUCUCUGCAUGAUGCAUCGGCUGCAAUGAUUGCCUGCAAGGAAGGUAGAAUAUUUUUAUAGGGCUAAAUCGAACUCUCGACAGCCCAAAAAGCUGGCUAUAUAUUGAAUUCGGGCUUCCAGAUUGAAUAUCGCCGGUUAUCUAUGGAUUGGCCAUUAAAUCCUGGUGCUGUGCGGUGUGACGGUCAUGGUUAGUUUGGUCAGGGAAGUGCAACCCAAUUCUCUCUGGAGCUGUGUGUCUCCCCGAUGCUUCGAUUUGGAAGCAAGGCAGCCAGAGAUGGAGGAGAGUUUUGUAGAGACGGAUGAUUCUGUGCCAUCUCGUCUCGGGGAGCCCAAUGAUGUGAGUCAUUGGAGUGUGGAUGGUUUUACACGAGCACAAUCAGCUGCUGGAUGAGGAGUCGGGCAGAGCGAGGAUGGAAAUGAGCUAUUGACAUCCUCUGUCAUCUCUGAAUAUGUGCUGGCAAUGAAGAGCUCGGUAUCUGUGGUGACAGUUUCAUUGUUCCCACAACUGCCCCUAAUAGUUGCUCUUGCAGAAUCUUUUCCCCCUAGACUUUUGCAGACAUUUGUCAAUGAAACCGAACCAUUGAUCCAAUAUGCUUCUCCUUUUUCACUCAGAAUUUUGAGAUAGAUUCAACACCCUGCCCUCCUGCACGGAUAGGGUUGGGUAUUGAGUCUCAAGGAUCAAUGGGGACCAGGACUAACACUCCGAUUUUCACGGAAUUGUGCAAAUUUUAAAAUUUCGAUUCCAAAUUUCGAUGCCGGAGUCCGCCGACCGGAAGAAAUAGCCGCUGAACACCAACAAGGAAGAAGCUGCCAAACACCAACGAGAACAAAGUCUAUGAGACAAACAGUACAUUGCAACCCACAGGGGCCGCGGUCAAAAGUUUGGCGAGCUCUAGCAGGAAGAAUGAACUCUUAUCUCAGUGCAACAUUAGCAACACAGUUAUAUCAUGCAAAGGAGGGUGAACAACCAACAUUCAGGACUCAUGGAGGAGAAAUACCCGAGUGCUCGUCUUUGACGCACUACGCCGGUGUUGUGUCGUAGAAUGCACCCUUGACGGGAGCGCGGUUGAAAGUACUUCACAAGGCGAAAUAAUCAAAGUUUUUCUUACCGUUGGAUGGAAUCUAAAGCGUGUGCCUUUAAUGAUUUCAUUCAGGCUGUUCAGAUAAGCCAAAAACAAUAGCCCUCUGAUUCGGAAUAUUUACUGUACCCGAAAAUAUAAUGUGCUCAACCUUGCAUGUGCAUUUUUGAGACACAUAAAAACAAAACGAACGUUUGCUGCUCCAUUUGACAUGUUUUCAUGAUCUAAUACCCGUGUUUUUUUAAAUAUGAGAUCAUUUUCUUCCACUUUAAGAAGCUAAAUGAGUGGAGGGGAGGCAUUCCACGGCAGGGGGUGCAUUCUACAGCACAACACCUGUCUUUUGUAACCAGCCAGAAUCAGAUCAGUGAAACAAUAAAUUACUUCUGUCCUCUGCUAACUUUGAAGCGGCAAACAAAUUGUACUGUGUACGGUGGGUCAACUUAUAUAUCCAACAAACAUUAACCCUUGUACUUUUUCAUAGACAAAUAACCUGAUAACAAAAAUUAUAUAUAUAUACUGGUUGAAAAUAGCCCUGUGAGAAAUUCAUAGUAAAGUUCUUAAAAAGUUAAUAUAAUUUAAAAAGUUUAUGUAGAAGUUUAGAAAUUUCGCACCAUGCAUUUUCUUUAAUAUCCUGCCUUUUAAAAGAAUCAUAAUCAAGAAUCGUAAUAGAGAAUCGAUAGGAAUCGGAAACCCAACCCAAUGUACGGAUCCAUCUCCUCAGCUGUAAACUGCCCCUUUGCUUUGCCUUGGAUGUUUGUUUAUUCAUAAGUGUGAGGCUGUAGGUUCUCUGGGCUGAAAUGAAGCGUUUCAGUGACAGUUCGGGUGACGACACACACCUGCUCGCUGACACUGAUGGAGAUGACAGAGCUGCAGAAGGGCCUACAGGUCAGUGUGCUCUCAGAGCCUCUGCCACUUGGCAACGUCUGCUUUCCUGCUCUAAGGAAGUGUCACUAUUGAUUUGUGUCAAUGAGCUGACAAGACUGCAGGGCCCGGCCACAACAAGAGGACGCACAAUCUAUAUUCAAGAGCAGAUAUUUACUUCACCUGCAUUUCUGCACACACCUAGAAAUGAAGACGCUUUAGUAUAUACUACCUUUUUUCAUCCUCAAUAGUUAUGCUGAUACUGAGACUUGGGUUUCACAGGUUACUAUAUGUUCAAUGAAUACAGCAUUGUAAACAUGUACUGUAAUAACCUCUGCCUUCUUACAUUUGGCUACAACUUUGGGUCAUGUUGCAAACUGCAAGCAAGGCACUAAAGUGUAACUUUAGCUCCUGAAAAUCCUCCAAAAGUCUGACCUUUCUUGCCCCUGUAAAAUCGUAUUUGCUCAGGGUUGAGAAAUAAUGGAUUCUAGUGGUGGUAGAACUGCUAAAAUCACUGGCAUAUUUUGCAUGGUGAGAGUAUAUCAAUUUACCGCUGCCAAAAAUUGAGUAAACAGUGGCGGUUCAUCAUCAACACAGAGAUAAAACGGAAAGAGAGCGCCUGUAGAGUCAACAACACAGUAAAAAAAAAAAGGCAAAGUUAUUUUCUGGUUGUUUCACAGCUGUUAAAAACUUACAAACGUGUCUACGCCUCCACACAAACAUGCAGGAUGGUCGCGGGGUAUCUUCAGAUAAAGAAAAAAGUGAUGCAGUCUGUUUUGAAAUCAACAAAUGGUGGAUUUUUACCCGCUUCCAUGUGGAGUUAGCACUAGCCGCUAAUGCUAAAUCAUCCAUCCAGCUAUUCUUUAUCUUAACUGCUUUUCCUGUUAGGGGGCGCGGGGAGGCUGGAGUCUAUCCCAUCUGUCAUUGGGUGAGAGGCAGAGUACGCCCCGGACAGGUCGCCAGUCUAUCACAGGACUGACAUAUAGAGACAUACAAACAUUCAUGCACACACACACACCUAUGCUCCGUUUAGAGUGACCAGUCAACUCGACAAACAUGUUUUUGGACUGUGGGAGGAAGCCGGAGUACUCAGAGAAAACACAGACAUUGCACAUAGUUUAAAAUUGUUGUCAUAUUCAGGGGUGUUCCAACAAGAGUACCUCAUGAUUCAAUUUGAUUUCGAUUAUAGGAGCUUUGAUUCUUCGAUUCUUUGAUUAUAAUGAUUGUUGAUUCGAUCCAAUUACUGGUGUCACGAUUCUUCGCCAUUUUCAAUCCUUCAGACGUCGCAACAACACGCAAUCUGAUUGGUCAGAAGUGGACACACAGUAUGCGAAACCUCAGAAGAAUCGACUGUGAUACGAAAAAAUAAAUGCCGCAAUAUCACAGGACGGGAAAACGUCACUGAUGUGAACGCUUGUAUUGACAGGAUAUGGAUUCGAAAAAAAACAUUGACGUCUGAAAUAAUCGCAUGAAAAAAACAGUCAAAGGACCUUUAUGGUCCAACUCACUAAACAGUCCGGGUGGCGAGCACAUUUUGGUUACGUGUUUUUUUGUUCCGGCCUUGCAGCAAAGCAUCAACGUUAUUCUUUCUUUCUGUCUUCCUUUCUUAUUUUAACCAUUUAUAUUAAUUAAUCAAAGCCAGAUCGUCAAGUGAAGUAUGGCGAUGCGUCGACACAUCAGUGAAUUGCACCCACCUCUUGUCAUACUGCACUGACACCUAUGGUGCUGUGAUGAUAUUGUAUCAUGUGGCCACAGGGGGAUUUCCACCUCUAGUUGUAGCCUCAUAAUAUUUGUAUAUUGUUGCCUAAUUGGCAUCUUUGAAAGGGAAAAAGAAACAAAUCUCAUUAUGUUUACCAAUUACCCGAACAGAUUGGUGCAUUAGCAAGUGUUUUGCCAAGAACCCUUACUGUAAUUUUGGCCGUAUGAGAAGCAUCUCCAGUACCGAUGCAGCUCUCCAAGAAUUACUAACAUUUAAGCUCCAAUUAGACCGAUCCUCUGAACUUUGCAUGCAGAGGAGUCAAGAAAGUAAGUUAACACAAGUCUCAAAGCCUUCAUAAAGAGUUUGCUCCAGAGCAGAUGGGAUAAGCCUUUAAAGAGUUCCUCCAUGCAUUGAGAAAAGCAUCAGAUCAGAGAGAAAAGGAGGCUCUAUUCUCCUGUGUCUCAUUUCAUCCAAUAUCUUUCAAGGCCGCUGGUCCUUUUUUUGUCUUCUUCUUCUUUGUGGUAGCCUCAGUGGAAUACUGAAUGAGUGUGGAGAGAUAAACCAACACCGGUCUCAUGCUUUCUAGUCGUUCCAUCAGCUCAGCAGAGUAAAAUCAUCUGCUCUGAGGUGACCCGGUCCUUGCCUUCAUCUCCCCUGGAACUCUCAGUCUCUUUCAUACCAGAUGUAUUAUUAUGAGCCAAGAGGCAUCCUUAGAUAAUUUCACUUAACCGCUGAAAAAAGCUCUUCCUGGCAUGUUUGGCACUAGGGUGCUGCCUCACAUCUUUGCCCAGCUAUUAAAAAGAUAAAUUGAUUGCACACUUUCACCUCUGGGAGGACGGCUAUUAAUACAAGUCGAGUAACUCCUGCUGGCUCUUAAAGCUUCAGUGACCAAAAACAGCACUUUUAAUCAAGCAUUACUGCAGUAUUAAGGGUUUUUAACAGGUUUUAAACUGUCUUUUAGUACCUGCAGGAGCAAACAAGACCUGCAGCCAGAUGGUGCUGCGUACAGCAUCUUCUUAACAAAAGAAUUCAAGUUAAAGUUGUUGGCUUUUUUAAUCGAAUGCAUGGUCUGACUUUUAAUCUUCGUUCCAAGAAAAAGUGUCUGAUUUAAAUAACAUCCUCUUGAGUAUUUAUGAACAACCUGACAACUGUUGCAAUUACCACAAACUCCCCAGCAAGCAACUGGCAACAGUAUUCGCCGCCUACGCACACACGCAACUUCCAACUAAUAAGCAAACGAGCGUGUUCGCUGAAAAUAGCACUUUACAGAGGAAGGGAUAUACUAUAUAUAUAUAUACUAUAGAGCUGUAUGAUACUUGGUGUUAUUACCUUUGAACUAAUUAUCUUAACAUGAGAACUACACUGACAUGUUAAAAUCUUAUAUCUGGCAUGUUUACCAUUACAGUUACGUGUUAACACAGCAGCAUUUGCUCAUUAGCAGCAAACACAGCUGAAGCUUAUAGGAAUGUCAUUUAGGUACCAGGUUUUACUCGUUGGGGUGGUUACCAUGGAUACAGUUCAUUAUGAGAGGGGCAUUAUCCCACAUCCCUUAGCAAGUCAUGCAGUCGAUGUAGUGGCGUCCUUCGUCCAUCUGAUCCGUCCAUCCAUCCAUCUGUGGAGGUAUAAAAAUACCAGUCUCAUCCUGUCACAUCAUUGUCAUUGUUCACCCUGGUACCCGAGAAUUCACACUACCUUUUGCAUACUAAAUACAUAGACUCGUAUGUUGAGCCUCCCAGAGACGCCACCCUGGGUCUGAUGUUGAAUGCAGGGGUUGCUGACUUCCUGUAAUCAGUAUUUAAGUCUGAGCAGAGAGUCACUCUGGUUAGUCAGAGUUUUACAACCCUCAUGUGAACCUCUGUCUCCACUAAUCAGAGGAUAAAAUUCAUCUGAGCCACAUAAUUGGACCUGAAGGAGUAUUUCCUUUCCCUCCACAUACCCAUCCGUCUAUCCAUUACUGUAGUGAGCAAAAUAGCUGCCAUAGACCGGCGUUAAUCACUAUCUCCUUUCAGUUCAGCAUAGUGCUGUGUCAUUCAUGAACAGUUCGUUCAAAAGAACAGACCUGCUGAGUGAACGACGUGAAUGGAAUCACUUCAAGACCUGAUUCGUUCCUUUCUCAGUUCAGUUAAGCUCAGAUGCAAGCGUGGUGGGCCAGUCGGGAUUGGAUCUACGGCCUUUGACUCUUUGGUGAAUGAAACCACCAGCCAGCGAACAAGCAGGUGGGCAGAGUCUCAUGAUUUCAACAACAUAAACGACGACACUUACAAACGAGGGGAGGGACUCGUUCAAUAAACUAACUCCCAAUCAGCGCGGCUGUGUCACUCACUCGUGUUCUGCACCUGUCAGGACGGGGCUCUGAAGCACUGACUGAUUCAGUGAACAAAUCUUUUGAACGAGUCAUUUUAAUGAACAGAUUCUAAAGAUUCAGUACAGUCAAAAGAACUGUCCUUCCCAUCACUAGUUCCACAUCAGCAGAAGAGUUGGUCUUCUUGGGGAAGCACCAUCACAGGACUUGGUAGCAGGUCCAACAGCCGGUGAAGUUCAGGGGGUUUUUGUUCGACUCAUAAAAGUAGGGGUGUUUGUCCUUCCUAUCACUCCAACCUCCACAUUUGCCAAGCUUGCCUUGUAUUUAUCAUGCAGUCAGAGUUUCUUCUCUUUAAGUUGGCAGAGCAGUGAAAGCCCUUCUCAUUCAUGCCCUGACUCACAAGUUUGUAAACUUCUGUAUUUUUGUGAGUGGUGUCCAACGUUUUACAAAUAUACUUAUCUGCCAAAAUGUAAAUGAGGCAUUUAACCUCCUCGCUGCUCCAAGUCGGCCCUCCACUCAUUUUACUGGUUGAUUAACUCGCCAACAUUACUUCAUAUCUUGCACUCGGCUUUUCUCAAUGUAAAGUGUGAUCAGUACAUGGCAUUUGUUCUCCUUAUGUAGUAGGAAAAGCAGCCCUGCAGUAGCUAGUGCUUUCCAACAAUGUCGUGUGGACUGAAAAAGACUCGAGGGAAAAAAUGUGACACUGAAUCCUUUUAUCGUCUAAAUCAGAGCAAAUCAAAUAAGGUGCUGAAGUGAAAGCCCCGUCAGAGAGCAGAGCAAAUAUGAAGCAAUCACAGAAACCACUUAGAACAUCCGAGCACAUAUGAUUAUCCUGCAAAUGCAGCGAUUCUGUGAAUGCAAAAGUUUGGAUAUUAUCACAUUUGCAUUAUGUAUGGCUAUGAAUUUGCACCGUGGAAGUUACCUCUAAUCUUGCACCCUUUAGAUGCGUUGUUGCCUCGGGAGCGUACAAAGGUGAUUUUAACCCGUAAUAAAGGACACAAGCAUGAUGGAGGUGAAGGAGGGCCCUAUAACGGGACUUUUUCUUUUCCCCUUUUCUCCCUGUUGUUUGAUGAUUAAUCGAAACCCAUUAGCUCGGAGCCGAGGCCAGAGAAUUCAGUCUUAAUUAGUUUCUUUUUUUACCCCCUCAUUCUCCUCUGCUUUGACAUAGGGUACACAUUAUCUACACAGUGAAGGAUUGGCAAACUGCUUAUCUGAUUGUGCUGUUCGUCUCAUGCAGCUGCUAUUAUUGCUGUACUGUGCAGUAUCAUGAGGCUGCUUCCUCACCUGGGGCUUUAAAACACACUGCUUUAUGUGAAACCAGAUGCACACCCACGUACACACACACACUUGUCCAUGUGGCAAGCUCAGCAGAAGGACAUUUAGAGGUGGUGUAGUGGCGUUCGUGCUCUAAGCUCAGUGCUCAGCGGAGGUUAGAUCUGUUGGGAGAUGGACAUGCUGAGACUUAGCGAGUAAAUCCCCCUCUCACCGGAGUCCACGAUCAAUGGGGUCCUUGUUAUGAGCCAAAAGAAUCGACACACCCACCUGCUCUUAAUUAAAAAGACUUGACACAGAUACUGUACUUGGAUGUCUUGUCUAACACCUGAACCCUCCUCUAAUAUCUGAACCCUGCAGGGAAACGUUCAAGUCGUGUAAUCGAGGAGGAGGCAAUCCAUCUAAUCCUGCUAUUGUCAGCACCCGCCCGGCCUCUUUUAUGCUGUAUUGCUUUAACACAAGUACUCCAAUGGGAAGAUUAUAGACCUGUCAGCUGAGGCUCGUUCUUAUUUAUGUUUUGAAACACAAAAAUACUCCGCGUCAGCAAGGCUUCAUGGAAAAACUCCUCCUGGUAAUCAUAAUUUAUGUUACGGUAGACCCUUUAUGACUAUAUUCCCCUGCAUGUACUUGAGUAGCUAAUUAAAGUGUCUACAGCAAGUGCGAAUUAUUUGGCACUAGGCCUGUUAGGUUUGUUUCAGCUCAUUUUAGAGGAACAUAUUCACAUGAUAACCUGGAUGGUUUAUUACGGUAAAGUUCCCGAGCUGUGUGUCAUGAUCUGGAAGCUCUGACGUGUCUUUUGCUGUUCUUCAAACAUCACACCUGCAUUUUCGUUUCUGUCUCUCGGCUCUAAAUCUUCAGAAAGCCCUUUUUUUGUCGUUGCAGCCAGGUGCUGCCGACUUCAUUUUGAUGUGAGGUGCAGCUUACAGGAUCUUGGGGAUGUCAGAUGUAAUUGUACAGAGGCAAAGACAAAAUGACAAGUUUUUUUUUUCUUUUUUAUACUCCCUUCCCCUCUGGUCCUUUGGUCUACUUUUGAUUGUGCCGGUUGUGAGAGCCGCGGGGUUUAUGUGGACUUGUUUGUGCAGCCAAUGUCAUUCUUCACUGAGCUGUGUCACUAUUGCUGCCCUGUAAAUGGAUUUCACAUGAAGAAUAACUGCAGUAAGCUGACUGGAUGACAAACAUGGUAUCUGGACCAACUGUAUAGAGGUUAGCCAUCAAGACAUCAUUCUUUUUGAUUUCUCGACUGAGUGCCCGUGACCUCGAACCCAGCAUUUAUCAUAUUUUCUGGAGCCAGAAGUUUGGGAGAAUGAAGAGAUGACCGUUGAAACACACGUCUAAUUUGAUGGCUUGUUUAGCCUAUUUUAGCAAUAUUACCCUUUAAUUAAAUUUCUCUUUAAUUGUACGAACCAGGGAUGUUUAUUUAUCAGACAAGAAAAUGCUAUAUAGUUCCUAAAGCACGGCACACUGGUUAAUUCCAACUCAUUUAGAGUCGUAAUCAUAGACUGUACGAAUUUGGAGCCGAAUUGCUCCAGGAUUUUCUCCACUUCCUGGAACCACUACUUGCGCAGUAGCGUCAUACGCAUUCGGCCGGAGAGUCGCUGUGAUGAUGCUCAGCUCAAAACAGUGUAUCCCCUGGGUGAGCUAUGCAAUCUUCGUACGAAGGCAGAGAGCAUCCAUUCUAUAUACAGUCUUUGGUCGUAAUAAAGUACCACUGCCAUUGCUCUGUGCACUUAAAUGUUGGGCGCCACACUGACGUAAUAUCAGUGUCCCAGUGUAGGACUUCAUAUUGCAUUGCCACAUCAGGGGAGUGCAUUAUGACAUUUGUGAUGCACAGACCAAACCCUCUCGUGCAUCACAUCCAGGAAGUAAAUCCUGCAUGAUUAGUUGUGCACACUGACCACGACAAUAUUAACUUUUUUUAAAAAAGUCUUCCUUGUGUGCUGCUAAGAUGGUAAACACAAAGACAGAACCUCACCUCUGUUGAAAAAGUAAACACACCAAUUCUUCUUUGUUCAUCAUAUGAAAUAAAUUCAAGUUAAGGUGAUCCCUCAUUUGGUUAGGGUUUGUUUAAAAUGCCGACUUCUGUCAGACAUGCAUGAUUGAGAAUAAAACUGUGAUCUUAGGAGGGAGAGAUGAAAUGAGGAUUUCUUUUAUCUCUGUUCAAUCAGAGUUCACCUACCUCUACCCUUUGUGAGAUUAUCAUUAGAUUACAAGUGAUUAAUGUGAGUCAGACUCAUGCAGGAAGUAGCAGACACCUCUUAUUAAAAUAAACACUUACAUACAAAGUUAAGUAGAUAGACGAAUACAACAGCUUGGUUAACCACCUGUAGUGUUAUGAGAGCGCACUUCAACCUGGUGUUGUUGGUGUUCACCUUCUCAAACCAAUGAUUAUAGAUAAUCUGUGAAGAAUAAAUCAACUGUAAGAAUGAUUGUACAGUGUCAGUGGAGUCAGCCUCAAGUGGACAGAAGAAGAACUGCAGUUUCAGGCACUCUUUUGUUGCCUUAAUCUCUCGGCCCCGGAGGUUGCUGCUUGGUGUAGACAUGUCAGCAUUAAAGCGAUGGCAUUAUCAGUUUCUAAACUGACAUUUCUGGAGCUACUGGCUCCAUUUAACCUUGGCCUUAUUAUGCGUUAAAAUUACCGAGUUUUACUGACACUGCAGCUCAGGCAGACACGGACAGCUGGACUGUGUCAGCCUUUCGGGUGCUACGUUACCUCAGAGAGCAACUCCUCUGACUGCUAAUCUUUUAUUAAGUAACACAGUCUGGGCUUUGACAUUUACAUACUCUCUCCCUGAGCAUAUUAAGCUCUUUAUGUGCUGAUUGUUAUCACCAGGCCAAUAAUGGAGAUUAGCAAAGAAAAAGAAAAAAAUCACCUCAGUUAUUCUGACUGUGUCUCUAAUCUCGUCCUGCUCUCAGAAGGUCAUUGAUUGUUAUUAUCCAUUCCCUCACACACAUUCACACUCACAUCUCUGUCCUCUGUGUCUUCUUGCAGACCUGCGGGAGAUAGUGUUUGUCCUCCAGAGUCAAAGUAACUCCUUCCAUGAGAGGCAGGCGGAGAGAAAAAGAGCUGAUUUACUGAAACAGGCUCACAGUCUUGCAGAGGUAAGAAAAACAUUUCACACAUGAACAUAUGCUCGCUCCGAAGUGCACGCAGCGCACAUAUGAUGUAAGUUUAUUCUGGAUUUUCAUUUCCUCGUGUCAAACCAGGACUUGAGUAUCUAAGUUUGUCUGUUUUGUGAACAAAAUGCUCUGAAAAGAACUAAAGAUACAAGAUUAUUCACAUGUAUUUGAAAAGAUUUCUGCACUGAGGUUUUUGUCGUGUAGUUUCAGCACCAACAGAAUCGACAGUUUUCCUAAUUUCAUUUUGUACACUUGCGUUUUCAGCAUCUCAGAGUGUUUCUCCAUUUGUUCCACUAUUAUUUGAUUCUCUUCAUUUUAAAUAUUAAAUGAGGCUGUUCAGAAUAAUUCAUGGUACCCUUCAGAUCCAACUUCUCCAGAAAACAUUAAAAUCCAAAGUAUGAAAGUGUAGUUUGAAAAAUGCAGCAUUCACGGCCCCCUGUGACAGCAAAUCUUGUGCUUACUUAAAAACUUGUACAGCUCACUCUCUCCUUCAACCAGCCUGUUGUUGUUUAAUGUUUAAUGUGACGUGAUGAUCGUGUACAUGUUGAUGAAAACAGCUGGCCUAUCAGUGUAAUAAAGCAGGGGUACAAACAUCAAUAUGAAAAGUUGUGUAAAACUUAAACUACAUUGUGUUCGGUUGAGUAGUGAAUCCAGCAGCGCUAACGGCAAGUUCAACUUAAUAUUCAUGAGGUCUUGGAUUUCAGAGUCGGUCUGUUUCCAUUUGGUGCCGUUAUCAUGGGUGUAAAGAAGCAGAGCACACCAUCUACAUUUGAAAGGAACAGGAAAUCCUAUGAAUUCCGUUUUUUUUGGUAUUGCAUUUUCACAUAACAGCUCUGAAAUCCUGCAUCCCAUCAUAAGCAGAGUCAAAAACAGGAAUAAUGCAACAGCUCGCUGCUGCUUUUUAUUAUUUUUGUCAUGCAUUAAAGUCAGUAUGUCUCCAAUUUGGACCGUGUCAUGUUUCCUGUGAUUAAUAGUGGCGUUAAUUAGCGUCAGUGGGUGAGGUUUGUCAUGGUUUUUAGAUGCACAUCAAAGUUCAUCACAUCAGACAGACAUGAACGCAGCAUGCUGUCGCGUUUCCGUUUACGAUCCCUGAGAAGUUUCAUGUUUGAUGCGAUCGUAUGAGGAUUAAAAUCAGCAACUUUUUGAGAAUGAGCAAAAGUUUGAAGCUUUUCAAAGAGCUGACGGACUCCAGAGACCCCCAAACCCAAUAACUCUUGAUGAGAAUGAGUCAUCGCAUUAUAAUCAGAGGGAAAAUAAUCUUCGAUCCCAAGUGUUCUCAGAAAGCUCCGACUGUUAAUCCACCAAGGCUAAAAGAGUCGCAAAUUCAUUUUCUUUUGAAUUCAAUAUGAAUUAAAUACGGAUAGAAGAUCAUUUCACGAAAAAUAGAAGAUAAAAAUGAGACUUCCAUGCAGAUCGAAAUCCAUUUAAGUAUCAAAUGAGAAAGACAAAAUACCAAAGGAAGGGAUAGAAAUGGAAACAUGAACAAAUAAAAUUAAUAUUGAAUUUCUUUUACAACAUAAAACUGGAGGUUAAUAGUUUAACCUCUUUUUUCUUUGCUGUUUGAUCCUUGGAUUAAUUUGAUGCACUGUCCUUGUCUAUCUCUACAAAAUUAUCCGUCACUUUACUGUACCCUUUCUUCUUUUCAACGUAAUCAUAUAUCAAAAUAUUUAAAGAUAUCUCACAGUCGGCUUUAGAUUGAAACACUCCUCUGCUCACCCUGUGAAGCAGUGGUGGCUUUAUAGGACAUGAAUUAGGGCUGGGCGAUUAAAGCGAAAAUUUACCGAUACCUAAAUUUAUGACAAUAUCCAACAUCAUUUUGCUCAUAUCGGUAUAUUCGGUGUCAAAAAAAUAAAUAAAUAAAAGUUGGUUUUGGAUGUGUGUAGGUAGGAUAUGGUCUCAUGUCCCUUUAAGACUCUGUCCUACAUCAGAGACGUGACUCCACCCCAUCCAGUCUAUAACAAAGAGGGAAAGACAGGUGAGGAGAUGGAGGACGGUUCAAAAGUUGCAGCGGCUGAAGAAGUUAAUAUGGGAGGAGGUGAGCAGCUUGUGGAGUAGUUAUCAUCCAUUUAUCGUUAAAGAGGUGAACUGAUCAAUAUAUCGUGAUAUUGAUUUGAGGCCAUAUCGCCCAGCCCUAACAUGAAUGUUACUCAUUGGUCUGUUUUGAGAUGGUGGCCUCUGGAAAACCACCAACUGUACCUUUAAUUUUAUCAAAAUCAAAGUUUCAAAACUAAUCCACAGUCUUUGUAAAACUUUCUGAUUUCAUGCAGAAGUUCAUUAAUAAUUUAAAAACACAAAAACUCGUAUUACUUGAGAAAAAUCGAAGAGGAAAGUUGAAUUUGAAACCCUCUGAUGUUAUUUACAGCCGCCUCCGCUUUCUUUAACUGAACAUGAGUUACAACCAGCCGUCCACCGCUUUACUCCCCCUCAGAGGCUCAACACACACACACAGCCUGAGACUCAGCUGUUUCACAGUCUCAGAGGGUGAUCCUCAAAUCAAAAAGAAAGGAUCAAAGCCAAAAGUUGCUGUAGAUCUUCUUCGUAUGGAGCUUUAGAACACGUUUGAUGUACAGUUUGUUGUGCUACGUUGCUGCGAAAAAGGCUUUGCAGGAGAGUCCCACAAUGUCUUGAAAUAUCUUGAAUCAGUUUUAAAGAGAAAAAAGGAGAUACAGUGAGAACAUGAAAGAACUUUUACAGACUUUGAUCGCCGCCUUUAAAACGGGUUCAGGUUUUGUUUAACUGUCGCCCUCCAGUCUUACCUUUCUCUGCGAGUCAGGAAAAAAGAGUAAAAUGACCUGUACUCUGUUUAGACGCAUUGUGAAAAACAAAAUAUCUUAUUUAUAGCUUCAUGAAUGAUGCAGGACUCAGUUCUUGUCCCAUUUGUAACGUUUUAGGAAAACAACAACAAUAACUUUCUGUUUUAUUGGCUGCUCCAAGACAGGACAGCUACUGAAUAAUUCUUCUUCACUCCAAGCUGAUCUUUGGGAUUUGUCCUUAUUUGCCUUUCAAAGGUUUGUUUAUGUCCACUAGAUAUAAAAAAAAUGUUUUUCAUUUUGCAUCUCAGAGUCAGAAGUACAACAAAGAUCAGAAACUUGACCAUAAAUCGACAGAUUUCAUGGGUUUCUGCGGUAAAGGAGCUGGUGUGACAUUUGUGUCACCAGGAAUUAUCUCUUUUUGUCAGGGAUUCUUACAACAAACCAAGCUGGUCAGUUUUAAAGACACCUUUUUGAAAUUAAUGGGUUUAUUUAAAAUGCUAAUAUUUUAGUGAACUCUAAUUUAGAAAGCUUUGAAAAACUAAAAAGUUCUUUCUGAAAAUACGUCACUUUUUUGUUUGUUUGGUGUUUCUUUACUCUAAGCCCCUUUAUUUCAAGGAUGAGAAAACCAUAUAAUCCAUACAUCCAUACAAAUAUUCAGCCAACAAAUUACGUGUACAUCUAAGCUUUCAAAGCUGCAUAUUUUUCUUAAGUUUCAUUGGUAAAACAUACUUAAAUGUGAUUUUCUUGGCUUUUAAACUUAAUAUCUGUGGAUGUUUUUGUCGUAGAAUCGUUUGUUUAGGAAGUGUAAACAUUUAGAAGUUAAGAAUUGAGGUAUAUGAGGCUCCACUGACUAGAAUUUAGGUGCAUCUUAAAGGGAUAUUCCGGCGUAAAAUUAAGUUAGGGCCAAACACACCGUAAGAACGAGGUGUUACCGAGUAGACACUCUUGAGAGAUAAAUGUUGCUGACUGCUUGUUCUCUAGUUAUACCACCUUCAGCAACGACCGCACGAUAGCAAUACCUCAACCAAAAAACCAAAACGCCACUCUAUAGCCACAAAUAAUGCUCAGAACAGCACCUAACUUCAUCAACAGGACAUUUAGGGUCCCAGCCACAGCACUACCCACCAAACAUCUUUUUAGCUUUGCCUAAUUUCUUUAGCAAAGAGACUAAACACAACUCGCCUACUCUCCUCCAGUAGCUGCUUGUUUGACAAGUUGAUCACCGAUUGCAGCGGAGUUUCGCAUCUCAAGGAAGAACAUUUAUGAUCAUAACUUCAUGGAAAUACAAUCAGAGCUCUUGUGUAUCUUGCAUUUGCGCUGUAGACGCCGUAGUUCUUCUGCCUUAGUGUCUCUGUCUGAUUGCAUUUCCAUGAAGUAAUAAUCAUAAAUUACCCGCUGCACUCAGUGAUCAACUCUUUGGGUUUUGCAGUGUGCUUGACCAUAACUUAAAUUUACGCUGGAAUAUCCCUUUAAUUGUACUUUGUGCACGCUUGGCUAUAGCAUGAACCUAGACAAAGCUGGCGGUCACCUAUACAUGACUUUCACUUGAUUUCCUCUACAGAUCUGUGAUGAGAACUCUUUUCAGCCACAGUCCACCACUUUGCUCCUUUUAAUAUCAGAUUUUUUUCUCACUCUCUUCCCCAUAAGUGCAGAUUCUUGCAGUCAAGGAGCCCAGCGUGAUGAAAGUAUUUUAUCGGCUGUAAAAAAAAGAAAAAAGGUCAUUUUUUUUCUACCGCUCAUCACUGGAGGUAGGGCAGCCGCCUGUCAAAACCACUUCAGUCCCUCCUACAGUUACAAGCACGGCUCCUUGUUCCCUCAUUGCAGCCAGGUCUCAGUGACCCCAUCUUCCUCCAAGUCACCAAGCAAUCAGCGUUCUGUUUGCUGCAAGAAAGUUUAUACCGGGACCGGCUCUUGUCUGUUUAAUGGAAGUCUUCAGCUUGCACACAGCUGCCAUUAAAGAUUCAGCGUCUGGUUCUUGAACGCCUCCUUUAUCGCGGGAAUGUCAAUAACUCUUUGGAGCUAAUACCUCACCUCUUAAGGCCGGGGGAAAUGCUCUUCUAUUUUGCAAGUUACAGUUUUUUUUUUAUCUGAGGAGGAGUGUGAGAGUCAGAGGUUGAUAUCAUGCUCAGAUACCAGAAGAGCUAACAAACCUCAGUGACUAAUAGGUUUAAAUAAGUGUAAACAGUGUCAGACUUGUCACCUAAAGCUAACAGGCUGCUGGUAGACAGAAAGGCUGGGAGCAGACUGUUCCCCCUGACUUCCUGCAUGAUGAGUGGACCGUGCAGUAAUGAACCACAGGCUCACACGCACGGCUGCUUUGUUUUUCUCUCAGUGUGACGCUCGGGCUCUCUCACACGGCCCUCACACACCUCUGACUUUCUGCCCUCACCACAGAGGAUUCAGAUGAAACAGAUUUCUCUUAUUUAGAAAGUGAUUGUGUGCAGCAUGCAUGUCCUAAAAUAUCCUGUGCUGGUUUCGACUGAUUUAUCUGCCAGUUUAUUUCCUGGGGUGAGGACAAGCAAGAGCAAAACCCUGAAGGCAAUAUCGGCUUUGAAGGAUGGAACGGGUGUUUUAAACAAGUCGAUUUGAAAGAAAAGGCUUGUCUUUUACUGAGCUUUUCUUUAGCAUUGCAUCCAAAUCCACAGAAAUGAGGCAGAUUUCUGAAAAUAAUUGAUCAACUGACAUUUUUUCCUGGUAAAUAACAUCAGCCACGUUCUGUGACACCAUCCUAAGGGCAAAAAAGGGUUUGAUUAGCCAGACUUCUGCUUUCAUUCAGAAAAGUCUAUUUUUUGUCCACUAAACGUUAAUUACUGCUGCCCUCAGGUUGAGGUUGAGUAUUUCUCAAUUCCACAUAUUUUUCGGACGUGAAGUCGCCCGUGUCUCUGAGAAAAAUAAGUGGAAUACCACUUUUGCUGAGUGUAGAAAGACCCUGAUCCUCCGACAGGGGAUCUUUUAUCCCCUUGGCACCAGAGUGGUGAGUCACAGCUGGCCUCAGUCUUCUUUACAGAUAAGUGGUGCUUUCUGUUGUCACAGUUUUGACACUUAUUAACCCCUGAAUGUAAGAUGAUCCCACCUCUUUUUUUCAGAUGUAUUUAAGGAAAUACCUUGUGUUACUGAAAUUUUGAAUUUCAACCCUUCUCCAUUAUCUCGCUCUUGUGCUGCAUGUGUUUUGCAGGUUGAAGUAUCCUUGACCCACAGCAAAACUCUGAGUUUAUUUAGCAGACUUCUCUUCUGUCCUAAAACGUCUCUCUUCUCCAACCAGGAUGUUUUGCCUCUAAAGUCCCACUCCGAUCCCUUUUUUUAAGCCAAAAUCAUGUUACCUGUGUCAUUUUCAGGAGCUUUUCUUCUGCAGAGCUCCAGUCGCUUAUUAGCAAUUCACCUCUGAAUCGAGGGUGGAGACAGCGCUGCUCUGCACACUCCUUUUCACGCUAGCUGGUAGCCUAACAUUGCCGGUGUGGUAGAAGUGGCAGGUAACUAUUUAGCUAUCGGACACUAAUGUCUUUCGGGACAUGAUGAAAGUUGAUAUCAUAAUUAGCUUUUUUAUGAGCAUUGCAGUCCGCUAAUGGAGUCUGGUCUGCAUAGCGGGGCUCUGGGGGCGGAGCUUGGAUUUGUUAUGUAGGAAAUCUCACCGUAUUUGAGCCUCCUGUUUGGGUCUGUCAGAGAUUCACAGCGAUUUGAACGCAGAAAUACUCAGAAAUGCGAUUUUGCACUUAUAUUUCUCAUGAUAUGUCCUGUAGCAUCAGAAAAAUGUUAUAUGAACAUGGAGGCAACAAGAAAAACAUGAUUUUUAUCGGAGUGGGUCUUUAAAUGCUUCAUAAAAGUUCCCUUUUCCACGAGUCUGUGGGUGCUCUUUGCAAACAAUAAAAGGCAGAAUUUGUCAUUUCACUCCCUCUGUAUGACCCGACAAUGAAUAAGCGAUUAGAUAACUCUCAGGACUUUUAUCCCGGUCCGUGUGGUCCGAGAUCUAACACACUGACCAUGUUACACCCUGAAGUUUGUACCUUUUAAUCUCACAUUUGUCAGCGGAUGCUUUCAGGCUUACAGGCAACAAAACAGAGUUUAGUGAAUCCAAACAAACUGCAGAGCUGGUCUACAGUAUAAUGAAAGAGCAUGUCUGCAACAGUGAGCUGGUUAUGAACAAUAGAGGUCUGUGCAUAUCAAACCUUGACAGCAGUGCCUUAAGAAUACAUUUAUUUGCAGGAUUUGUUGACUCUUGAAGAAAUAUAAACUCUCGCCAGAGUUGUAAGACUCUUGUAACUUCGCUGUCUGGAUUUUUUGACUCUUUGCAGCUUUGAGGUCAAGCAGCGCAUUGUGAGAGAGUGCGUAUUACCAUACAAUACUAAUGUGAAGAGAAGAAAAGUCAGGCGGAUAUAUCAACUCCAGCAAGUUUUAACCAUCAGGAGUCUGAUAAUAGAUUCUCGAAGUGAAAGCUGCAUGAUUAAAAGAUAAAUAAUAAAAUAAACCAGGAGAAGAAGAAGUGCUCUCCGUCUGAAAUCAGAGUUAAUUUGAUUUACACUGGAAGGACAUGAAGAUGCAAAUCCACGUGUCCUUUAAGUAAAACUCUGGGAUGCUCUUAAUCCAAACCUCACUCAUUAGUAUCGAUCAAACCAUUGACCUUCCAGUUAGAGGACAGUCUGUGUGAUCAGUCAGGCCACCCUCCGCUUCCUUUUGUUGCAGAAAAAGCUUCUUCGAUCGUCUUCAGGUUUGUUUAGCUCUUGGACAAUAAUUAAACUUCACUGUUUCGUGUUUGUUGUCGUGUUUCUUUUCAGAAACCACCGCUGGUUUUGCUUCUUCACACUUUAUCCGAUAAUGAGGGGGACUGGAGUAUUCUGCCUCUGCUGCCUUAGUAAGUAUCCUUUCAUUUGUGGGGUCAAACAAUACGUGAGAAACUGAAUAUUUAUGUCCGAGUUUGUUAUGUUAAGGUUAUAUUUAUAUUUCUUUAGCCUCAUUCAACGGUCUCAGGUCGCUCUUGAGCUUCAUCCAAAACAAUAACUGUGAUUGAUUGCUUCACAUUAUAAUAAAUGCCUUCCUAAUGUGUUCAUAACUGUGACAAUAAGCCAAUUACUGCAGUUAUCCAGCCGUCUGAACGGCAUCGUAAUGACAUUAGCUGCAGCCAUCGACAUGAUGAGCCUUCUUGAAACUCCACUACGUGUUCGAUAAAUUGUUAUUCCAAGAGGAGACUUGGAAUAACAUUCGAAACGGUUUUCUUCCUCCAUCAUAAAGAUUUAGGACAUGAAUGUGAAAGAGCAGCCCGAGUCAUUACAGAGAGAAAGCCUGUGUGCUUGUGAUGUUUUUUUUUUCUCGUCUUUGUCGUGCCCUCAAGGGGAAACUCAGUGUCUGUAUGAUCUGAGUGGGUCAGGAGGCGCAGUUAGCUAGUUCCUUAGACGACUGAAAUGAGAAAAAAAAACCUCUUUGUAGAAUUUUUCUGUGUCUGGCUAUGUUCCAUUUAUUCUUAUUUUAUUAUUUAACUGCACUUUUGAUGUGUGUCCUCAGUUUAUCACACUCCUUUGGGAAAAACUCAUCCUGGAUUGUGUUUCUUGAAGAGGAAACAAACGUGAAGAUGACUCAAAUCAUUCAAGUCCUUGCAAAAUAUGACAAGACUAAAGUAAGUCUUUAAAAAUAAUCCCUCGUCUCUUUUUUUUAACCCUCUGUCUCAAUUUCUGUCUUUGUCAAAUCCAUAAACGAGAGCGGAGUUUAGUGUUUGGAGCUCCAGUUUAGUCUAUCAUCGGUUCAAUUAGGAGAAAACAGGAUAUCAGGUCAGCUCCUCUGUAGCCGCUGAGCUCUGCCAGCUCUCAGAGAAACCUGCCAGACAUGCCACUUCACUCUCUGCUGGAGACCUGAUUUAAGGCCUGUUUUCCACUCAUGAAAUUAUAUUCUGGUUUAAGGGUUGGUGGGGUUGGUUGAAUAAUAAUAUUUCAUAAACUCUGCAGUUUGAAGAAUCAUAUGUGAGAGGCUGAAAUACAGUUUUUUUCCUAAUUAAGCUUAGCAAACUAGUUUCCUCCAUCAAUACUUUAUGAGUUAUUAAAAUAAUCUGAAUAAAAGGCUUGUUUUGAUGUUUUAUGGGGGUGUUUUUUGCCCUCUGUACUUGUUGACAAGCCUCCAAAACACAAGCUUGAGCCAGCUUUUAAAUGCCAAAGGGUGAUUUGCCAAAUGUUGUUAGAUACGCUUUGAGGUAAGCCUACAGGGUUAGCUGUAGAAAAAUGCUGUUUUUUUCUGCGGAUUGCUGAAGUUUGCUUUGGUCUGUGUCUGAAAAAAAUGCUCCAGAACAGUUAAUGGAAAGCCUUUUCACUUUCAUUUUGGACUAUUUAGACCCUGCAGUGCGAUAUUUCAUUACCAAGUUAGAGAUGGAAUUCAUUUUUCCGCAAAUGACUUUAUGCAACCUGAUCCAGAGGAGGAGGAGGAGGAGGAGGGGGCGACAAUGGCUACAUCACCUCGUGAUUUGAUUUAUUACAACAUGCCCUAAAGCAAAGACUUCUCACUCAGGUGUUAUCGCACAAUGUGGCCGGCCUUUUUCUGCUAUUAGAGAAAGAAAAUUGGUUUUUAUUCCAGAAUAUUGGAAGGGUUGAUAUCUCUAUGCAGGAAAACAAGCUGUCUUUUUCAAAAUAACUUUUAUUAAUCAGGCACGGAGGACACUGGCAGCAAUUAUACAUGUUUUUGUACCGUCAGAGACAACAAAUAAAAGCCAGGGCUUGUCAUCCAUUAGCAGUGGGUUAAACAGCGGUAAACACAGUAUGACUUGUUCUUUAGUAAAGGGUUCGCACAGAGGUUAUAAGAGGAAGAUUGGCCUCUGGAUGCAACGCUAGUUACCUCCUCCAAGGAGGUUAUGUUUUCGGUAGCGUUGGUUGGUUUGUUUGUCUGUUAGGAACUUUACGGACAAAGUUAUAGAUGAAUUGACCUAAAGUUUUUACCAGAGGUGGGUCUCAGCCCCAAGAGGAUCCCAUUACAUUUUGGUGGUGAUCCGGACAAAAUUCUGGAUACUGUGAUCCAGAACACACAAAAAUAAGGGUGUCGUUGGAAUUUUCAAUGCUGAAAGAUAAUCAAUGGGCGGCACAGUGGUGUAGUGGUUAGCACUGUCGCCUCACAACCAGAAGGUCCUGGGUUUGAAUCCCGGUCAUUUCUUGUUUUAGGAACAUUAUGAACAGUGAACAUACCAGUUUAAACAUAAAUAAAAGUUAAUAAAAGACAUGUAACAGUAAAAGUUUUGCUGUGAAUCACAAUAUAAGGGGGGACAGGAGCUGCUUGGCGGAGGUCUGCGCUCUCUGAGUGCUUUUCUAGCUCUUGCUGUUACAGUCUGUUCAGUGUCAAGGUCUGAUUUACAAAUAAUGAAAGCUCUGUCAUUAAUUGCAAUUUGCUCUUUUUAUGUGUCUGAUUGCAGGUAAAUUAUAAAUUGUGGCUUUAUGCUGACAGCACAGUAUGCAGAACAAUCGCAGUUUAAUCAAGAGGUCACAUUUAUCUUUGAAAUAUUCACUCAGGAGCUCCAGGCCUGAAACGACAAUUAAUUUUCACCACUGACAUGAUUUUUGGCUUUCACCUUUAAAGGGAUUGUCCGGUGUAAAUUUAAGUUAUGACGAGUGCAGCGAAUCAUUUCUGUGAAGUAAUAAUCACCAUAUUGAUCAUUUUGCACUGCAGACAUGGUAGUUCUUCUGCCUUAACGUCUCAGUCUGAUUACAUUUCCAUGAAGUAAUCAACGUAAAUGUUCUUCCUUGAGCUGUGAAACAAGCGGCUGCUGGAGGAGAGUAGGUGAGUUGUGUUUAGUCUCUUUGCUAAAGAAAUUAGGCAAAGCUUAAAAGAUGUUUGGUGUCUAGUACUAUGUCUAGGACCCUAUAUGUACUGUUGAUGAAGUUAGGUGCUGUUCUGAGCAUUAUUUGUGGCUAUAGAGCGGCGUUUUGGAUGAGGUAGACCGCUGUGUAUUGCUCUCAUAUGGUUGUUACUAAAGUUGGUUUAACAAGAGAAGCAAGCAGUCGUCAACAUUCAUCUCUCGAGGAGGUGUCUAACUCGGUGUUACUUAAAUUUAUGCCGGAAUAUCCCUUUAAGAAUGAUCUUCUUUAAAAUCUAAGUAAUAACAGCACACCUUACCAAUGCAACACCUCUGUAAAAAAGUUUAAUGUAACUUCAUUUAAAAGCAAAAAUAGUUCAUCUUUUUCCCGUGAAACAGGCGGCUGGUCGUAGCUUUCUAUUCACCGCUCAGACAUGAGAGUGCUGCCAGUUUUCUCAUCAAACUCUUUCCACCCAGAAAAACUCAUUAUUUACUCAGUGGGUGGAAAACUCAGUCUCAAGAAAGAUUGUUUUUUUUCUGCCAAGUGCUGUGAAAAAAUGAAAAAAAAGCUGCCGUAUUGGACCAGAUGCCCGAGUGUGUCCUUUCAUAAAACCCCCUCAGUAAAAUAUUAAUGGUAAAAAUUUUUAACGUCUCAGAAGUAAAAAAAAAACAGGCAGCCUGCACUCAUUGCACUCACGCUGACGUCCUGUCACGUUCCUCUCAUUUGUCAGGAGUGGUUUCUUGGUAAGCCCCUCCAUGACACAGAGUCGACCAUCAUCCAUCACUACGCCUUUGCAGAGAAACCCUCUGUCUUUAAAUACCCAGACUUUGCUGCAGCUUGGGCCUUGAGCAUCCCGCUUGUUGUGCGGUGAGUGACUGUGUUUGUGUCUGCAAAAUUGACUUGUUUGCUUCGCAUCACGACUGUAUUCCCUAUAUUUCAAAGGCAGCGUCUUGUUUUUAUUGCAUAUUUCUGACAAUGAAAUCUUUCAUUUUCUAUUUCAGGCUUGCAAAUAAAGUGAGAGAUGAGCCACUUAAAUCUGACUUCACCAUUGACCUGAAACAUGAGGUAAGAUAACAUGUAAGUUACCUUCACAGUCCCUCUAUUCGGAAAGCGAUGAUAAGGCUUCAGAUUUUUCAUCCAUUUUCCAACAAUUUUCAUUUGUCACACUCAGGCCAACAAGGACAAACCAUAAUUUAUUUUCACAGAAAAGCAGGAGGCAUGGAAUCCAUCUAACCUGAAGCUAAAUCUUAUUACUUUGGAGAAUUGUCAUGGCACUGCAUUCGGGAUCUUAUUUUUAUCACUGAAAUUCAGUCAAGGAGGCAUCAGGGGGUUUUGUCGGGCAAACACAGCAGCAGCAGCAGCAGCAGACUUAUCAGGAUCGGCUUUGGAAAGGUGCUUCAGUCAGAGAUGGCAGGACUGAAACUCUGGAUAUUCAAUUAUUAGACUUCAUAUAGUAUGUUUAUGUAUGAGGAAGAGGCUGCUGAAGUUUACAGCUGCAUUCUAGCAGAUUAAUAGACACCAAAAUGCACUGCGUAAACAUUCAUAAUAAACCUCAUUCAUGUGACACAAACACCACGUAUACUACCUGUAGAUGUACAGAGAGAUACUGCAUAAAUCUUCACUGUCAGUUAAAGCUCGGUAAAACAUCCCGUCUCAGAGUUUCUGUGCUUGCAUAUUCUCUGAAACGGUUUCCAGCACAGUACUCUACUUUUCUCAUUACCCAGUCUUUUACUGUUACGUCUAAAUCUCACUUAAAACAACACAGCUUACCAGUGUCACAACACUUAAACUGAAUCUGAGGUUUUAUUUUGCUUCUCUGUAGAAAGAGAAACACACCAGCUCCAAAUUACUCCCUCCUCACCCUCCCUGUUUAUCUCCUCUGAUACGCUUCUUAAAUAAUAAAUACGUUCACUUCAGUUGUGUAUUGAGAGCAUAACAGCCGUAUUGUCAACAUUUUACAUCCCCUCUACUUUAAUGUUUGUAAUAGAGCAGAGAUGUCUGAUGUCUGAACGCUGUAGGAGAUCAGUCUUGAAUCUGUGUUAUUCUAGGUUGCCUUGUAUAUCUGGGACAACGGGAACGGCCCACAUCUCACUGCUGUCCCUGAGCUGUGCACCGAGCCAGAGGGCUCCCCUCAGACCAGCCACUGUGCCACCACUCUGAGCCGCCAGCCUCCACUGUGUGUGAGUAUCUAUGUCUGCAGAUCAGGUACUGGAACAAAAUUUACACAUUAACAUGCAACAAAAGCGCUCCACUAUGAGAAGCGAUGAUCUCGGCCUUGCAGUAGACUCCACAAAACAACCCAAAGUCUUAUUGAAAUGCUCCUCUGUUGCAUGGUAACAUUUGAUUAAAGUUUUAUCUCUCCAAAUAUGUUCGAGUUCAUCCGCUGUGGAAGAAGUCUGUCAAUUUUAAAGAGUCUAGUUCUGUUGCUUUUCACAUGUCACCUAACCUGGAACGAGGAAAUUGAAAUCCUCAUGCAAAUUCAUGUUGUCCACAGCUGAUGACUAACCAGCUCUCGUCUCUUAUCCUCUUUGUCUCCUUUGUCUCGUAACACACAUGCUCAUCAGAAUUUUGUAACAGGAGCAAAACACAUAAUUCAUCCCACAUAAUUCUGUAGGAGUUUCAAGUAAAGCGGAAAAAGGCUUCCGGAUGUGUGUUGCAUAUGAAUACGCUGGCCUUGUUAUUUCUUUGAGGGAGAGUCACCUCCAUCUUUACAACACAUAACAUACGACAGGCAUGCGCUCAGUGCGCCUCAGGCACAAUAUCCUACAUGACAAACAAAGAUGGAGAAGAAAAGGAGAUAUUACCUUCACUUUGAUAUGGCCUUAUUUUCUGUUUGAAGUCCUAUAAGAUCUGAUGGAGUUACAGCUAUAAAAACCUGUGUGGCGAGAUAAAUGUACAUGAAAAAUGACGAGUGAUUACUUCUGUUAAGAUGGAGAAUGUAAGGAGAUGUCACAAAUCUUAAAAUGUGACAAGAAUAAGUAAGAAUGGAGGUAUUUAGUCUGAGUAAAUAUAGAUAUAUUCCGACCAAAGAAAGCAGGUUUAACUCGCAGUAUAAAGGCUCAUUUAUGCUCACCGGUAUGAAAAUGUACACGUCCAUGUCAAACGAUGGUUCCUUCACUGCCCACAUACUUUCAUGUGCCCUUUACAUUGGCAUAGAUGAUCCGUAUGUAAUGCUGAGCAUAAAUGAGCCUUAAGACCACAAUAAUGGAAACCUCACAUCAAUAUAUUUGAUUUACUCGUUUUCUCUCAUUUAUGUCAUUAUCUUGAGGUAACAAACCUUGACUUAUUUGAUAACUUAGGAUAAUUUAGGCACAAGGUUAAUUUUCUGUGGAUGCAUAAAACGAAAGAACAGGCUGGUCUCUGUGGUAGUCCAGACUAUGACAUGCCAUACCGCCCUCACCCUCACUAACAAGCUAAGUUAAGCCUAUUAUAGGUUUGUUUUGUGCUUUUGCAGCUCCACAAGAAACCCUUAGUGACUUAUUAAGGCAGGGAAAUAAAGUCAAUAGAAUGAAUGUGUUUAUUUCCAUUGAUUGCUUCUUUAAUAAUGAAAAAAGAAUGAACAUUUAAGUCUGAUAAUGUAAAAAGGUACGAUUCAUUUACCAAUUUUAAAAAAAAGAUAUUUUUGGGGGGCUACUAACGUUUACCAAACUAAAAGCUUGAAAAAGUCUAAGUUUCUUGGUCUGCCUAUGUCUCUGUGUAUUAAGGAGCUACAAACAGUCAGAUAUCAAUAAUCAUAAGCGCCCGAGGCUCAUUUAAAACUUGUGCAAGAAAAAGAUCUUUACUUGAUAACUUAUAAAUCAACUCUAAAAUCAGACGAGAGGAGCCAAUCAAAUCAUCAAGCACCGAUGCUCUGCUGCUGCAAGUAUAACAAUUCAUCUCUUUCUCUCUCAAACUGGAGCGAAGGUUUUAUUGAAAAAUGAGUAUUGAUCGUGGGUAAAUGUUCUCAUAAGUCAUUUUAUAUCCACCAUCCAACACGGAGAAGGAAAAUCACAGUAGGGAGAAAUGUCUUGCAGGCAGGCGGUUUCUUAGAAUAGUCAUGCUCGAAAUAAUUGGCAGUUUCUAUGGGUCACGCUGGAGAUGUGUUUAUCUGAGUGGGAGACGGCGAGUGGGCGUGGCUGAAGAGAAAACAACAUGGAACAGUCAUACAGAAAGUAAAGUCAGCGUGGAGUUGGUGUUAAUUACGACAUUUUUACAGCUACUGUGGUUUAUUUUCUGACUGAAAUGGGAACAUACCACAUGAUUCAGCCCAGGUUCUAGUGUGUGUUUUCUCCGUAGGGGUGUGAAUCGGUUAAAAGGUCAAAUAAUCUUCGGACAACAUUUUUGACCCCACAUGAAAAUCAUGAAUAAAACUUUCAGUAAUGUUCGGAGACUUUAUUUCGUCGAGAGCAGAGGGAGUUGAAUUUGGAUGCCAGAGUUGUCGCUGUAAGUGUCCCAAUUCUGAAUAUUUUCCCCAUGUUCCCUUCUUAGUUGUGACACAAAAAAUCCAAUUUGAUGUUGUCAUUUGUGAUUCAAAUCACAAGCUGCAUGUUCGAUGGCUUGCUGCAUGUUUUUUUUUUUCCUGCUAGAUUUUUCUUCCUCUUGUUUCUCUGGAUGGAAAUUUCUGUCCUCAUGAAACUGCUUCCAUUUGACCAGAAAACAGGACAGAUGCUGGAGCACUCAGCGGAGAAGCAUGAAGGUCACUGUUUAAUACGUAUUCUGGGAGAAGUUCCCGUUCACACACAACAAGAGGGGACGUAUCCUAAUCAGCCAGAGUUAGAAACAGUUGCAGGACAAAUUGGCCGUCGGGUCACUGAAGCCCUCAGCUGCAGAGUCAACAAAGAAUGGAGAGCCUCGAGGGGCAGAUUGAAGGAGGUGAAGGAUGGCAGUGUACGAAGUGAUCAGAGCAGCAAAACACGUCUGAAAAAUGAUUUUAUUGUGCCGUCGCUGCUCUGCAUGACACGAAGAUAAAGGCUGCAGUUUGUAUCAGACGUGAGUUGGUCUUAAAAACGAGUAAAACUAAAAAAGGUCAGACUGAUUUUCUACAUUUCCCCCAUUUGAGGGAUUUGGUUUACCAAAACAGCUGGUGGAGAAUUCAUGAAUUCAUUUGAACAGAUCAUUAUCGAUCCUGUCGUUAGUCAGAUAGCAAGAUAUAAUCCUCAUGUUGGAUUAUCAGAUUUGUAAUUCAUGAUUUUUGCUUCUCUUCGGACUGUUGGUUGGAUGGUUUCACUUUGACACCUGGGAGUUUGAACACGUUUGUCCUGAUUUCUUGAUUUCUUAGUAUUUUAUGUGCAAAAUUACACUCAUAUUUCUGAAACCAACGAAAAGAAUCAUCAUUUAAAUCUGCACUUUGCACUGUGUCACAUCUGUAACCCUUAAAGGUACUUUUUUCUGACGUUUUAGCUUGAACUCAACAGUUCGCACCAAACACCAGACAGACUCAGGAGUAAUUCCAGCAGCUGAAGAGUCAGUAAUGACUUCAUGAUUUACAAAAACAACAAAAAAUGAUCAUAAACAACAACAGAAAACGAGAAAAUGUCGGACCAAGUUUCAUCAGGUGUUCAGAGAUUGUGUCUGAUGUGCAAGGAAACGAACAAGGAAAUGAAAAUAUUUAUAAGCUACAGUUUGUAUAUGAUUUGACGUCGCAAGGGGUGGGAUGUGACACUGUGAUUGACAGCUCUUUUGACAAAUGGGGUUCCUGCAGCAGGAUAAGGAGAGUAUAGUAGGAACAGAGGAGAAAGAGACACGACAAACACUGACACAAGAUUAACUAACUUUCCAUCGCUGUGAGUGUCUGCUGAAAAUCAACAUCUGCCGUGGACUGUACCAACCUGAGGGGACUGCGCCCAUCACAGGGGCGUUUCGGGGUCACUUUUUGCAGUGAGGGGAGAUGGAGGCAUGUCGCCCAUUCGCCACUAACAAAUGAUCUAUUUUAAGGAAAUGUCAAAGCCAUUCCCUGAAAACCCGUGAACAUGUUCUGCCUCACUUUAGGAGCACAAGUUCACAGAAGAGCUGAAUAAGAGUCCGCUGUGUCGAGAUAAACUAUUUAAUUUAGCUGCUAUUCUUUUUUAAUUAGUCUAUCAGCAUGAGUCUGUGGUGGGAUUCUCUGAGACAAAAUGAGUUUGUGUGCAGACAGGCAUGUUCAUAUGAAGACAGCAUGUAAGCCGUCCAAUCAGUCCUUCUGAAAUAAGUCUCUUAUCGUUUAAUUCAGUCUGGAUGAACUGAUUGAACGGACUUAGAGACUCUUUUUUUCCUUUUUUUUCCAACUAUUCUGCCGAUAAGAGUCCUGAUGUGACAGGAAUUUUUUCAUGUAUAUCGAAAAGUGCAUCAAAAAUGAAUUACCUCUCCUACCUCGAACCAUUAUCUCCCGUCCGCAGACUCGAUUGUGUUCGUUUUUUUGUGUUUUAUUAUAAGUCCUGAAUUUUUAAACACGCUGCAGCGUUAUCAGCUGCCUUUAAUUUUGAAAGAAGAUCUAGAGACAACCAGAGGGCAAAAUGACCUCAGCCCAUUAGGAGAAAUAUUCAAUUCUCAUUUCCCUUUGCAGAUAACAACUCUCACUGAUCACUGUGACACUUCAUAUCGCCUGAAAAAGCCCAUUUCAACCUGCAUGUAUUAUAGAUUCUGCUGUAAUUAAAUAUGAUUUAUGCUGUUUAUUUCAGCAAACAUUUCACUGAUUUAUGUCUCUUAUUUUAUUCAUCGAAGGGGGAGCCCGUGGAUAAAGAAGAUGUAUUUGUUGCCGUGAAGACGUGUAAGAAGUUUCACAGUGAAAGAGGUGAGUCACACGUUCACCUCUACAGACUCGCACAGAGAUUCACACUUUCUCUUUAAACAGCUCGUUUUCGCACCUUUGUCUUCUCUUAAUGGGCUUAUUUUACUCUCAGCACCUGUGUGGCUGAGGUGGAUCUAAUUAACACCAUUAAGUCUCUCACUAGAUCAUUUCCCCGACACGUCUGAUUUUAUUGUAUGAAGCUGCUGUAACACCUCAGCCUGCCCCUCUCCUCCUCUGGAGUACCAUCACCCCACAAUCCUGCAGCUGUUACAGAACCAUUUACUCAUGUUCAGCCUUUUAUUUGCAAGCCCUCCUUGGCAUUAAGCUGCUUCUCUUUUAACCCGAUAAAACAAAAGUAACAGAUACUUUUGAGAGGGAUCAGACAAAUUGUUCACUGCUCUCCAAGGAUAUUGCACAAAGUGAUUGCACUAAUUACCUUAAUUACACUUUCUUCUGCCAAGCUGCCAUUGUCACUUUUAGCGGCAGACAAGAUGAGAAUGAAUGUUAGAUUUAUGUUUUAAAGGUUAGCAGAGUUCAAUACACAUUAGACGUGAAAGAGCGUCACCUUUAAUUUACAGUGGCAUUAAGUGUUAAGCUAUUUCAAUCUCCCUAUGUGCUGAUGUUGAGGAACAAAAUGCUCGUUCGUCUAUUUCGAAUCAUAUCGGCUGAUUUAGAAAAAGGAUGAACCAUCUCAUGUUGCUGGACUCUUUAUUUUUUAAAGAGUAUUAUUACUGGAUUAAAGCAGCAUAGAGUUUGUAGUCAAGUCUGCUCUCCUGUUGGUGGUCAAAUAUCAUCAAGUAAAAUAAAACAGAGAUAUACGUCAGUGUUUGUGUUCUGGAUCCUUUACACAAUUUAAACAAAGAAACUGUCCCCGAUGCAUGUUCAGGACUUGGUCUGCCUGGUUUAAUUUUGCAGAUCAAUAUUAAUAAAAUUCUCAAAACAAAAGCAAAUCAAACCAAGAUACUGGAGCGAAACAUACUGUCUUAAAAAAACAAUUAUACAGUCAAUACACAAGAAGAAAGCAUGUGUGUCUGCUGCAGUUAUAGUAUCACAGUUACACAUCAGCUGUUACUCAGAUAAAUUGUGUUUUUACUGAAAUACUCAAUUAUAAUUAACAGUUUUCUUCCCUUUGAGCCCUGGUUCAAAUCUAUUCAUAAAUAAACAAUAGAUAAAAUUGAUUAUAAUGGAAACUAGGCAUGCACUGAUUUAUGGGUUAACACUAGCCUUCUUAUCAGACAUGCAGCAGCAUUAGUAUUUAACAUUUAACUGUAUGUAUCUUAGAGUAUGUCACUGUUUUCUGUAACAUAUUAAUCCAAUGCUCACAAGCCAGAACACCUGACACCUGCAGAGUGGGAGUGAUGCAGUUUGUAACACAUGAUCCAAAGGGAAGAUAUAAAGAGAAAGGGUUAGUUAUUAUUUAAAUACAGCCAAUCUCUAAUCUCACAGCUCAUCUGAAAACACCUGCAAAAAAAUUAGAAAGAAGUAAUGCCAAAAAAAAAUUUGUAAAUUGUUUUUAGGACCAGUUUUCUGCUAAACUGCCUCAUGAUCAGGGAUGGGUCUGAUCUGAUCCAGUAUCUGUAUUGGUUUCCAAUACCAACCUUAUUCAUGGAUCGGAUAUUUCCAAUCCAAUGUGCGAAAAUUUCCAAUCUGUAAGUCAUGUUUUUGCUUAACUUCGUCAGCUGAAAUGACUUUACAAAUGAUUCUUGGCAGUCAGUCUGCUAGCUGGCUGCAAGCUGCGCAAUUAAUUUCCUGAACGGAGGCGAGUCUCAAUGAGACAAUGAGACACACCUCCAUUCAGGAAAUCAUACGUACAUAUACUUGCCUGUAGAUAAGAGUUUAUUACAGCCUCAUAUAAGAUAAACAACAAUGAUAAUAAUGAUGGUAAAGCUAACAGGGCUCUGGUAUCGGAAGAGUAUCGGUAUCGGCUGAUACCCAAAUUCAGGACUCGAGAUCGGAUCGGAUGUGAAAAAAUGUGGAUAGGUGCAUCUCUACUCAUGAUGUCCAGUGGUCUAAUGUAGCAAGUGUGAUGUAAAUUUGCACAAACAGCAUGUUCUGUAUAUUUGCAUGUAUUUUGUCAGUGAAAUGACAUCUUAUCUGAACGAAACUGAACACGAACUUUCACAUACAGGCUGUCAUUUUUCCAGCAUGUUUAACCAGCAUGUCUGCUUUCCUCCUGCUCCCUUAAAUCUAUUUUACUAUCCACUACAGUAACUCUAAAACUAAACCUCUGAUCUGCAUGAUUCAUUUAUUUCCUAUAUCAAUUAUUUCCUAACAGUCAGAGGUCGGUAGUCAUGCUGUUCAUCAAAAGUAAAGCUGCUGUUUGGUCCUUUAGAGACACUGAAGGCCACCUAUUCCCAGCUUUUUCUUAUGCGGUUCAAUCUUUCAGCUUUAAAUUUUGCCACUCUGACUCUGUUUUGUUGAUUUAUGAGAGCUGAAAACAGCCUCGAGCUCUUGCUGCAGAUUUCUGGAUUUUUGUGUUUCUCAGAGCUCAUACUCUCCUCUCCAGUCUGAACAAAACUCCUCACAAAACUCAAAAUACUGUCUCCCAGAUUUCAAUCAUGUCUGAAGGAGAACGUUAAACUCUAAUGGUGGGGAGCAGAUCGGUGAUGGAUGAUUAUGUAUAGGUAACUUUGCUGAAAGACGCAGUGUAUUUAUAGAAGGAGAAACAGCACAGAUGGGUUCAGUGAUCAGCUGUUUUCUUCGUCUUUAAGAGGAGUGAAGGUCAAGAGGCUGCAGGCACCUCAAUGUUACGCUUCAUUAGGAAGAAGUAGACAGAAAGUUGAAGUUACACAUCCACUUAUUUCCAGAACAUCCUAGAAACCACAGCUCUUAAAUCCACAGAGUAAAGAGAGCAUCCACUUAAACUGUACUCAAAUUUAGUCGCAUUUAUGUGCAAUUUAAUACUUUUCUUAAAGUAUAAAAACUUGUGUUGUGACCUUGAGUCAGCUCAGGUUUAUAAAAGCCACUCAUCAUUUCUCUAAUUUUUUGGGCCACUUAUUUCUCUAUUUCUACUUCUGUUUCUUUAUCUGUUUAAAAACCUUAUUAACAGCCGUAAUUAAAAAAUUUUGGCAUGAAAGAAAGGAGCUUUGCAAAUAAGAGGUCUGCUCUUUUUUUCUCAGUUCCAGUUAUAAAGAAGACCUGGGAGAAAGAUGCCUUAUAUUUGGAGUACUACAGCGACCAUGCAGAUCCUUCAAUACCCACCAUUGAUUUAGGAGUACCAAAUACCGAGAGAGGUAAGUGCUUCUUUUCCCGUCUCCGCUCCUUCAGCUGCAGUAGCAGCAGCAGCGGCAGACACAGACUCUGGCCUUGGGUAAUGGUGCGGGGUCGGCUGCAUAUAUGGAGCUGCAUGAAAAAUGAAAUGACAAACUAAAGGUGAAAUGUCCCCGGCCUAACACCUUGUGGAGGGGAUGGCUGCAGUAAUUCAAAACAAUGCUGUGGGUGACUUGAAGCUAAAAUGAGUAGGAGAGGCUGAGUCAGCAUUUUAUUCCGACUUUUUUGUCUCUGAAAGUGUAUUUACAUCACAAAAUGACACAGUGGAGAGACUCUCUGUGUUUUCUCCUAUCCUCUGUGUAAAAAGCAGGUUUCUUUUGAGUUAUACCGGGAUAGUAUGUUCAGACUUUUCAGGUAACUGUGCUGAUUAUUUCAUCAGUGAGUACCUCCAAGCUGCUAAAUGGGUCUGCGAUUUUUUUUAGGAGCUUUUUUCUGACAGAUUCAAGCUGCACUUUUCCUCUGCUGGAGCUCGGCCAGCCUCACCUGCUGAGCUGCGAAUACUGUAGACCUGUCUGAAUCCAACAACUGAAAUCUUCUCUCCAGGGCUGCGUGGUCUGGCAUCAAUUCGAGCAUCACAUGUAGAAGUUUGUUUAUAACCACCAGACACCUUAACUUUUUUUUUCAACUCUGUCAGACUGUCUAUUUCAUCACUGCAAACAUUUGAAAUUCAUCCAAAUGUUGUUUCAAAAAGGACAGCUUAACACCCUGAAACGUCACCUACUGACUUUCUCGUCAGGACUUCUUCAUAUUUAAUCCCAUUUUUGUUCCAGAGAGGAGGUAACAGUUUGAUGAAAGUUUGCUUAGCUUGACCUGAAGACUGAAAACAGGGAAAACAGUUAACCCUACCUUUCCAAAAGUUAGUAGAUCUUGUCCAGGACUAAUAGGGCUGGGCGAUAAAACGAUAAUGAUAUUUAUCAAAAAUCAACUUCCUCUGAUAUCGAUAUGAAACAUGGUCAAUAUGCUUUUUGAUAGCCGGCAUAGACCAUACGAAUAGCCAAUGAAAAGGGGAGUUGCUCUGGGUCCACGCCAUGUUGAAAUAAUCAUAAUUAGCAAACAACUGCGUAGUAGCAGGCUGCAGCUACAUGCAACCAUAGCACUAUAACACGUGAAGCAAAUGACGACAUUGUGGAUAAAACUGGCACUAAAUCGUUGGUGGUGUGGAGGUACUUUGUUUUUUUGAGGUCAGACAUGAAGCAGAGUACAUGUUCUCGGAGGAUGCCUCAAAUCUUUUUCACCACCUGAGGCAGUGCCACGCAGCAGAGCACGAAUAAUGCAAAAGGUUACAAACCCCGAGCGAAGCAAGGAGCCCAUGGCGCCUGUGCAGCCGAAACAGCCGACCAUUCAGUCUGCUUUCUCCAGCGCAACGCCUUACGAGAAAACGUUGAAAAGACACAAAGACCUCACAGAUGCAGUAGCUUGUGUUGCAAAAGACAUGUGACCAAUUAACACUGUCAAAUUUCAUUUAAGAGUAACAAGUGAUUUUUUUAUAUCAUGAUAUAUAUCGAUAUCAACUAUGAAAAAAAAUAUUGUGAUAAACUUUUUCCCAUAUCGCCCAGCCCUAAGUCCAGGCUUUUAAAUCAGGAGGUUUAUGUGAAGGAAACACUUCAUGAGUGAGCUCCUGAGGUCUAUUUAUUGCCCACUGUUACUACCCAAAGAUUUAUAAUCCAUUUACACAGAGUCAUGUUGGUCAUUCCUCCUUAAUUUCCUUCUGCGUGGACCUCCCUCUGAAAAGAAAAAUCCCACUCUUUAAGCAGACUAGCGCUCCCCUGCAAGCCUGAUGAUCCCUCAUGGGAAGCUUCAAUCGCUGAAAACUCCACUAUAUGAUGUGCUAUGAUCAAAAACAACCAUAUAUGCAUACACGUCUAUGGUGAGAGUGUUCAAAGGCAUCCUUGUUCUUCUGAGCUGUACAUGCAGCUCUUUGCUUCACUACCUCCUGGUUGACUGAGCCAGAGGCCAUAUGGGCUUGAAUUAUUUUACAGUCUGAUGGCUGUCGGCACAAAACUGCACCUUAGACCUUCAUGUAGCAGCUUAAUAGGAUGAUUCAUCGCUGUAGCUACUGUCAGGCCUCCGUAAGAGUGCUCAGGGUUGUUGUUGGAAAGGUUUUCGGAGAAGGUUCAGUCUCAAGCCUCCUUUCGUUCUCUGUCUUCGGGCGGUUUGUGGUUUAACAAGGACGUCUUCUGCGACCUCUUUGCAUUGAGGCGGUGAAGGAUGCAAAUUGCCAGCGGCUACUCUCUCAAACAUGCGCGAUCCUCUUCUCUUCUCGUCUAGAACAAAAGUCAACCUUGCCUCGUGGAGUUUUGCGCUUUAUGCAACCACUGUGCAUAAGGGCGGCGGAAAAUGGCACUUCUUCUCGCUCUCUGACAAAUACACGAUCAGCUCAUUCGCCCUCGUAACACAAAGUAACAGAUAUUUCUUCUUGCACGCAGAUGUCAGACUAACUCUUCUCAUUUUAAAGAGAAAUAUCUGGAAAUGUCAUAUUUGAUCAAGUUCAGGAAAAAUGGCUCUGAUUUGUGAGUAUUUCUCCUGCUGCUCAACUCCAGUUUUAAAGGGAUAUUCCGGCUGUUUUUCUUCAGCAAAGAGACCAAACACAACUCACCCACUCUCCUCCAGCAGCUGCUUGUUUGUGGGGGAGCCCCGACGAGUCGAUCACCAAGUGCAGCAGAUCAUUUCCAUGAAGUAAUAAUCAUCAUAACAAUAAUUUUGCACUGCAGACGCAGUAGUUUUUCUGCCUUAGCAUCUUGGUCUGAUUGCAUUUCCAUAAAGUAAUAAUCAUAAAUGUUCUUCCUUGAGCUGUGAAACUCUGCUGCACUCUGUGAUCGACUCAUCAGGGCUCCCCCACAAACAAGCGGCUGCUGGAGGAGAGUGGGUGAGUUGUGUUUAGUCUCUUUGCUAAAGAAAUUAGGCAAAGCUAAAAAGAUGUUUGGUGGCUAGUACCAUGGCUGGGACCCUAUAUGUACUGUUGAUGAAGUUAGGUGCUGUUCCGAGCAUUAUUUGUGGCUAUAGAGUGGCAUUUUGGUUGAGGUUUGCGCGUGGAGACGUAGACCGCUGUGUUUUGCUAUCAUGCGGUCGUUGCUGAAGUUGGUAUGACUAGAGAAGCAAGCAGCCAGCAAAAUUCAUAUCUAGAGGGGGUGUCUAACUCAGUGUUGCAGUGUGUGUUUGACAAUAACUCUAUUUUACGCAGGAAUAUCCCUUUAAAUAAGGACCUUAACAGAAAGUGCGUCACAUAUAGAGUGAUGCUUUCCUAGUCAGCAGCAGCAGGAAUCAGAGGUGAGGGAGUUGACAUACAGUACAUAUUAUUCUAUAGGUGAAAUGGCCCCUGUGACUGCAAGCAUGCAUGAACGUGUGUGCACCACCCAAACAACCACUUUAUCCUCACAUCAUUGAUGCAUUUAAUAAAAAUACUGUCAUGUCUGCAGAGCCGUUGAGAUGUCACAGCCGAUGUAAAGCCGGAAGUCUUUUUUAUGAAGUCCAAAAGGUGACGGUACAAUCCUCAAGGCCACCACAGUGCCAGUCUUCAGCUCAUAAUGCAUCUCUGAUCUGUGUUUGUUUUGGAGUCGAGUCACGUUUGACUGAAACAUCUUGCUUUUUGAAACAACAUCUUAUAAAGCCUCUUAGUUUAAAUAAAUGAAAGUCUCAACUCUUAACUAUUUCUCUCAAUACAGUUUUCUGACUCACUGACAUGUAUGUACACAACACAAUGCUGGAGUAUUUCAGCGCUAUUUAAAUAAUGAAUGCAGCCAUGACAAAGAAGAAGGCAGAAGAUAACCUUCACGAUUGUAAUUUCAGGGUUGUAUGAAUAGACCGCUGAAGAUCACAGCUCAGUACAUAAAUGAACUGAGCUUGAAGUCAUGUACUAUUUCAUUAUACGCCUCCUGUGCAAGGUGAACUGAUAAUAGUUAAGUCUAUGAAAUGUCAGUAAAUGGCAAAAAGUACCUGCUAAAUUCUCUCAGUGUUGCUUUGAAAAGCUUCAAAUCUCCUCAAGCUAGAAAGUACUUCAACGAUUAAUUUACUAAUUGCUGUAGCUUUCAUCAGCAAGUAAAAUUAGAUAAAUACAUCAAUUAUUAAAGCACUAAAUGCUGCAAAGUGCGGUGAACAUUUUACAACUUGUGGGUGUGUUUAUCCUCCUCUCGCACAUAAAGCAGAGGAACAUUAAUAAUCCAUAUUUUCAGCUGAAAUUUGUCUGGAGGUUUUUCCCUCCACGCAGACUCCGAGGUCAGGGCAGGAGAUGAUGUGCGCUUCUGUUCACACUUUGCACAUUGCCAAGCUGACAGGCUGGCAGCUGGUUAUGCCAUGACAGAAAAAACAUUCAAGUGGAAGUUUUCUGGCUCUUCAAACCUCCUCAUUUGAAUAACCAGACACGCUCCUGAAACCUGGGCACCCAGAGCUGGUUAGGCUGCAAGUUUGAUGUCUCACUCCGGCAAAACCGCAGCUCUGCCUCUCUCAGAUAAUAAAUGAUGUGUGUGUUUUUGAAGCCAGGGUUAGAUGAGUCUUACUCAUAGAUCAUAAAAUGUCGUCUUCCCUUUAAUUUUACCUUCCACUGCAUGUCAGAAUCUUUUACUGUCGGGAGACACAAUCAAGGAUUGGAGCUUUGGCAGAAAUCCACGAUCCAUCAUUGAGACAGCAGGAUUUCCUCUAGUUUGGGGAGCGGCCAGACACUAAAUCUCCUUUCAGUUUGGUUACUGUGCAAACUGUCAAUAGAACUAAUCACUUAUAAUGCCUUUAACAUCCUCCAGAAGAUUGGAUUUGCAUAAAAAUGCAAGAUUAAAAAUUGCACUAUUAACAUGAUUAAUAAUACAGCAACAACAGACAACAAAGUAAAGUGUGAUCGUUCGUCUUUCAGCAAAAACAUGCAGCUCAGCUCUGAAAAUAUCAAGGUGAGAAGUGAAAAUAUGGAUUUUGUCUGUCCCCCGGUGCCAAAAACACUCUAAGUAAAAGUCAGAGCAAACAUAACUUUUUCCACCUCUUUGUUUAUUUUCUUCAUUUUGAUUAAUCUGUGUCUGCUCUGUGUGCAGGAUUUUAGUUGAAUGAGUCUAGCCCUGAAGGUCAAAAGGCAUCAAUAUGUCAGGAAACUGUUUCUUCUUUCUCCCAUUGACUUGCCAAAGCUUUGGAGGCUGUCUACUAAAUUAUCAGCAAUUUUUGAUUAACUGCAAAUUCAAGGGAUGAUUUAAAAGCUGAUUUUAAAUUUGGAGGGGUCCACUCGUUCGGGUUUUUAUUUUCUGUGAAUGCAGGUUGAAAGAGUAAAGUCGCUGCCACCAAGUGAAAACAGUCCAGCUGUGAUCACCUCGUUCGAGUGAAAACUGGCGGACAGGAUUAAAACACAUAUUUGGUAGUUUACUUUAGUUCGUUGCUUUUGAAACAUCCAGAAAACUUAAAUGAGGACUAUAAUAAAAUAAAGUUGCUUUGUUGAACCUCACAAACUUCUCCAAUUUCUUGAAUACAUGCAGUCAUCUUCAUAAUUUUAUGAAAACACGCCAGCCUUGCUGUAAAAAUAAACUCCGAGUUACGUGAAGGUUGAUGCAAGACCCUGAAACGAGAAAAAUGCUAAGAAAUGUUGUGUUUUCACUUAAGUGCUCAAACUAUCUAUGGUCAAGUGCUGUACUUGUGUUUUGGAGAACAAAAACAUGAUGAUAAAGACGCUUACGAGGCUUUUCAAGAUGAAGUACUUGAGGAAGGUCUCUGUAACUACAUCUUUUCAACCUCUUCCCUCGUCCCAGCAGGAAAAAAAAACGGGUUGCCAGACUCAUCCAAAAAAAGUGUUUUUGGAUCUUAUUCCUGUCAGCAGUUCAAGGUGUCCUUACUUAUUCUAUAUUCAGAUCCUGAGGUAAAAAAAAAACAAAAAAAAAAAAACACCUUGGCUUGCUUAUAAAUAAAACAGUAGGGCCUCAGUAUUCCUGUGAUGCUUGCCACCAGGGAUUUUCACGUCUCAACUCAUCUCUCAGCCGUGAUGCCGCGUGGAUAUUUGGAUUCUGACGGGUAUAUAUCUUUGGGUUCCUUCUAUUUGUUCUGUACGAACGCAUCACUGUUUUUGUUUUCCCGGAGUUGGCAGAACAUUUUGUAUCGUCAGGCAGUCGUGUCAAACAUGCCGCACUAAAAGUUUGAUCUCCCCGACCCAUCAUGCCAAACAUACCUUAUUAUUUGUUUGAGAUGUCAGAGUCGUAGACGACACCUGUCCGCCUGCCCACAAAGCUCCAGAGGACACAUCCUUGCGUUGAAAGACUUUAUUUAAUGCUCUGCCAUACGGAUCAUAUAGAGAAUUUAAAAAGACGUGUUCAAUGAGGGGUGAUUGUUUUGAUCACUCAGGUGUCCACCAACAGCUCCAGACCCGCUUUUCAUUCAUAUUUUCUCACUUGGAGUUGCUCCUAAUACUGAAAUAUUCAUAAAAACAGCAAAUGUGCUUUCACUUUCUCUGGUUUGAGCUCUUUAUUUUUGUAGUCUGACAUAAAGGAUCCUUCACAAAGACAAUGUCGUAAAUGAAAAGUGUGUUGUUUAUAUUUUAUAGGGCUCAAUUCAAACUAAAUUUACUUUGUCUAAUGUUUUAUUUUUCUCAUCAUUUACAACUGAGGAUGAUAAUAGUGUUUCCAAAGGAGCCAAUCAUGCUGAAAAGAGUCAUCCAUUGUUCUGAGCUUCAGCUGUUUCCGUGCAGAAGAAGACGUGCACAGUAACCUUUUUCCUCCCGAAAAUGUCACUAGUUUUCUAUUUAUCACCCAUGACUGCUGGUUAGCCUAACAGCCUUCAAAUCCCUUAAGGUGCAUUAUUUAUGACUGGGAAGUUGUCUUUUUUUUUUGCCACACAGCUGUUUUCCUGUUUAUGCAUGUGUGCAUGCUGGUGUGCGUGCGCGUGCGUGUGUGUGUGUGAAAAACCUGCUUAUGCCAGGGGGUUUCCCGCCUGUAACAGACUCAUUUAUCUUUGUAAAGUAGAAUAAACAGCAUAAGGUCAAUAUGUGAUUAAGUCCGGCGGGCCCGUCUAUUGAUAGCAUGACUCUACUUGCAGGACACUGCGGGAAAACAUUUGCCAUCCUUCAGAGAUUUCUGAGCAGCUCUGUCCCGAACACCAAGUGGCUUCUUGUCGUGGAUGAUGACACACUGAUCAGGUAAACUAUUUCAACCAGGGACGAUUCUUAAGCUUCUGUUUUACAAAGGUCAUUCCAUAUAUGUCGGGCUUUUGUAGUUUGUGGACUUGUGUGUAAAUGGAUCAUCAGGUUAACUAACAAACACAUACGGCUCUUUCUGAAGCUCUUGAAUGAAGUUCCUUUUGUCCCAUUGAGUUGGCUUUGGCUUAAUGAGUGCAGACGUCUUUUUACUCCAAGAAAGUUUCACUAACAAAAAUAAUGACUUGUCUGAUAUCAGUAUAACUCUCUCUUCAUGAUUAGCCAAACUUGGUCGAUACAUAAUAGAGUUCAGAACUCCACCGAGCCAAACUUAAAACUAGGGAUGCACCGAUCUGGUAUUUGGAUUGGAUAUCGGCUCCAAUAUUGACAAAUUAACUGGAUCGCAUAUCUGAUGAAUGACGCCGAUCCAGCGUUCCAAUCCAGUCUUCUUUUUUCUUUUAUUCAAUAUCAUAUACAGCAACACAGCGAUCCUGUUAGCUCUAUAUUCUAUGUUUGUCUAUCUCUUAUAUUGAAGUCUUACUUCUUUUUGCUGUGUGUCAAUGUGCAGUCUGUUAUUUGGUAAUGAAUAAUAUUAAGUAAAUUUACAUCUGUGUUAAUUUGUUACCUUUUUCUCACCAAGGCUAAUGUCAAGCCUGUUUCCUUCACUCACAGGGCAAGGUAUACAGUUCAUUCAUUUAACAGUAGUAUUAGAUCGGUAUCGGAUAUCGGCCGUUAGCUAAGCCCAGGUAUCGGUAUCGGAUCGGAAAAAAAUGGAGCGGUGCAUCUCUACUUAAACUAGUACCUGUCAGAUUUGUUCACAAAAAAACAGGAGGGGAUGAAAAGGCCACAUAUUUUACUAUUCGACUGAGAUUUUCCAUCACCUUACUCACAUUAGGUCAUCACUUUUACUUAGAGAUUCAGUCUAACAGCUGUUAAAAAACCUCAGGGGCAAUGAUUCCCAGAGAUAUUAACCUCCUAUUGAACACCUCAAAAGCUCGCUACAUAAAUUGAAGUCCAUCUGGCCUUGCUUUAAAUCUGUCAGGUUCAACUUCGUUUAGAUUCCUCCUGACAUGCCAGAGUGCCGCAGGGAGAGCAUUAUUCCAGCCUGCAAAUGGACAGUUUUGUGUGAUGAUGAUGGUAAUGAUGAGUGUGUGAUGGGUUUGAUCUUUUUUCUCUGCAGCCUUUCCAGACUGCAGCUCCUGCUGAGCUGUUACGACCCCUCUGAACCGGUGUGUUUAGGAGAGAGGUAUGGAUACGGCCUGAGCCAAGGAGGCUACAGCUACAUCACAGGAGGCGGAGGGUGAGUUCGAGCGCUCAGGAGCUCAGGGACUGACGAUAAAAGAUACAGGGCAACAGAGAAAGUAUGAAACCUGUAAUCUGUAAUUUACAGAUAAACCAUUUUUGUUCAUCUUAAAAGUGUUUCCCCCCUCGAGGGACAUUUUGGUUUGCAGGAUGCGUGACAGUGAAGAUAGUCUGCAAAAUAUGGAAUAAAUCAACAGAAAAGACAGCAAACAGACGGUUAUCAGUUGAUAGGAAAAGAUAGGGAGUCUUUUUUCACUCACACCACAUCAUGUGAAUGUUUAUCAUACUGCAAGAAUCAAAAGUAAUUGCAGCUCAGUUGGAUCCUUUUUUUUGGAAACCUUCUUAUUGCAUGCAAGUAAAAGUGGGCAGUAAGCAAAAUGUCAGCUGUCAGUGCAGGAGGAAAGCAGCACUAAAGAUAACUCUGUGACUGAGCUGCGUUUGAGAAACUCUAUUUAGGGACCUUUCAGUUGCUGUGACACUUCACAGCGCUGCAACUGCCAGAUUUCUCAAAAGGGAUAUCUUCCAAAAACGGUUUUGAGUGGCAAUAAGCAAUAUUUUUUGGCAGCCUAAGUGUUUUUUUGUGUAAUUGCGUCUCUUUUCAAAGAGUUGUCACAUCAUUGUUGUUUGGAGCUGAUCAUUGAAAACAUUUCCCUCUCUGCCCGAUUUGAAGUCACACUCCAGUCUGAGUGAAUUAAAUGAGUAUGAACUUAAAGACGACGUUUGAUUCCUGGUUACCUCUGACAUUUUCUUCUCCUUCUCUGUGUUUCUGAUGUCUGUCUGUGUUUGUACAGGAUGGUGUUCAGCAGGGAGGCUGUGGUCCGUCUUCUUGACAGCGGGUGUAAGUGCUACAGCAAUGAUGCUCCGGAUGACAUGGUGCUGGGAAUGUGCCUCAACGCUCUGGGACUCCCUGUCACACACAGUCCCCUCUUUCACCAGGUUGUGCUCACACUCAUACAGAGAUUUUUUGUGUUUUUCCGCUGGUCUGUCACACAUUUAUGUUUGAAGUUAAGAAGGGGUGUGUUUAGGCCCAACUUAUAACAAGGGUGGCAUUAAUUAUUUUUCUUUUUGUCUGUUUUUAUGCUUGUGAAUCACUAAGUAUCAUGUGCUUUAUCCACUGGAGCUUUAAGUACAAACAAAAGAGCAUGUGCUGCAUUUCAAGCCACCAGAGUUUGAUUGAGUCCCUUCUCUUACCCUGAAAUCUCCUACGGACCCACCCCUGAUUUUAAGAGGCUCUGCACAUUCAUCGGAGUGAAGACAAACACACAAAAGAGGAUUAGGGCCACAUGAAGAGAAAAAAUUAUUACAGGAAGGAGAUUAAAGUCGAGAUUUAAAUCGAGAUUUUGACAUUAUAAAAAGAAGAAAUUAUGUCAAUUAAAUCAAAAAUUUCAACAUUAGAAAUAAAAAAUUUGAGAUUAAAUGCAAAAUUUCGAGAUUACAGAAUGUUGUGAAUAAUGUCAAAAUUUCAAGAUUAGAAAAUGUCAAAAUGUGAAAAAUGUUGAAAUUUUGAUAUUAAAAAAUAAAUAAAUUUUGAGAUAUUAGUCUUGAGUCAAUUUUUUAAAAAAUCUAAAUUUCGAGAUUACAAAAUAUCGUGAAGAAUGUCAAAAUUAGAUUAAAAACAUUAAAAUUUUGAGAUUUCAAAUUUGAGUCUAAUUUUUAAAAAAUUGAAAUUUUGAGAUUACAAAAUGUGAAUGUCUAGAAUGUCUAAAAAAAAUUUAGAUAAUAAAAAAUGAAGAAAAAAAAUCAAGGUUUUAAUUGCUCUCUCCAGCUAAAUUCAACAUGAAUAAAGUUGAAAUUUCAACUUUUAAAAAAUUUUACUUAAAUCUCGACAUUUCGGCUUUAAUCUCAAAAUUUUGACUUCAAUCAUAAAAUGAAAGUUGAAAAAAAAUUCCCUCUUGUAAUUAAUUUUUUCUCUUCUUGUGGCCCUAAUCCUUCUAUACUAACAAUAUCAGGCACCUUAACAGCAGCUAAACAUGUAAACAUGUCCCGCACUUCAAAACUGGUGGAAAAAUAUCUAAAAAGUAAGUUCUGAUACCUGCAUUUAAAAAGCAGCAGAUCUAUUUGGUUUUUUUUCUCCAGCAGCUAGAUAGAUACCAAUGAGACUCUGGAAUAGAAAGAGGCUCCACUCAUCCAGACAUAUAUGUGUAGCUUUCAAAUCACAUGUUAGUAUUAAUAAUAAUAAUAAUAAUAAGAAGAAGCUGCUGAGUUGGAAAAGCCAAUUAUAUCAGAGCAUGUAUUCAGUCAGAGGUAAUUGGAAUUUCUGACAGUCAAAUAAUCUCCCUCACAGCAAAAAAGGAGAAGUCAUUGCAGAACUGCCUGAAACAUGAAUUUCUCCCAUUCUGCUGACACGAUGUAAUGCAUCUUCAUAUCACAUUUACGUCAUGUCGCAUGGAUCAUCGAGAAGUUAGGGUUGGAGAUGGCGAUGAACAUUUCCGGGGGUAUGAUGUACUAACCUUCACAUCGUUGAAAAAUCAAAGACGAUGGUGGAGUUUGUGAAGGUCAAAAAUGCUCUUAAAUGAUCUGUUUAGCACCGCAUUAAUCAAACACAGCUUUAAUUACCCUGAACAGUGGACGGCAUGGGGGGAUAUGUCUGAGCUUUCAGGGUCAUCAUUGUAACAUGGAUUUAAGAGAGAUUACAUAUUCCUUUCAUAGUCCCAUAGGAGGAAAAUUCCAAAAUUACAGCAGCAUGAAUACAGAUACAAAAAGAGAAAUUACAGGAUAAAGAAACUUAGAGUUAAAAAAAAUAUAUGUACAUGAGUCUUAUUUACUAUAUACAUGUGUACAGAAUAUACAUAAAUGAUUUAUUGCACACUGAGGUUUCUGUUAGAAGUGAUCAGUAUUGAAGAUGUUGGUAAUAGCAGUCAUUUACUGCAACGUCAGAGAGUAUUACAUGUUGCCUGACAGACAAAGCAAUUUUAAAGGUUUCCAAACUGCAGAUUAAGGUUUGACAUUGCUGUCAGUACCAGAAGCCUAAAACUGAAGCAGCUUUUAUUAGCAGCUAAGCCUCUCUCUCAUACUUUGACGUGCCAGAUUUUCUCUGUAACAAUGUUUUAAUCCAUCCCAUCUUUACAGAAUCAUCAGUCAAACAAAGGCUAAUUGGCAAAGAUGAGUGAAAACCCCUCUGUGAGUGAGCGCAACAUGACCUCUAAUCAGGAAAAAAACAUGAUAAACAGUGAGAUGUUUGACCUAAAUUCUCUCUGCCUCUGCUGAAGAGUGAACUAAUGAAAUAAAACAGUGUUAGGACAUAAUGAUUCAGUUCCUCAGGUGUUGUUGAAGAAGGUGUAAUUGAUUCAGUGGCUCAGUCUGGAGUGUGCAGCCGCUGAUGCAACAUAAACUUUCACUUCCACACUUUGUCUUUUGCUCUCUGCAGCCUGCCCCCAGUGACUGCUUCUAAAUAUAAAUUACUGUACUUCAUCUUACCUUUCAGGCCCGCCCAGAGGACUAUGCCAGAGACUUCUUAGCUCACCAGGUGCCCAUUUCUUUCCACAAACACUGGAACAUUGAUGCGGUCGCAGUUUUCAACAAAUGGCUGAAGGACGACCUGACGGGACAAACUUCAGAUGGACUCCAUAAGAGCGCAAAGACGGAGUUAUAGGAGUUUUAAGCACACAAUAGCCUGUAUGAAUAUGUAUGUAUGUAAAGAGGAAGUGUGAGAGAGAGAGAGAGUGUGUGUGUGUCUGUGUAUUAUGAAGUCAUGGAAGUGAAAAUUUGUCCUUCAGAGUUGUAAAUGUUUUUGUAUCGUCGAUGUUGAGGACUGUGUGUGUGUGCGUGUGUGUGCAGAUGACUUAAUGUGCAAGUUUUUUGUCAGACUGAGUUGCACGUUAAGGUUGCUGUUUUUUUGUGGAACAUGGAUGUGAUAUGUGUAUAUUUAUAAUGUAUAAAUAAUCUGAACCUGACAGCGGGGAGUCUCUCUCUCUCUCUCUCUCUCUCUCUCCUUCUCUCUCGCUCUCUCUCUCUGAGAGGUAUUGUAUCUUUCAAAAAGCAUCACUAAUGCUGUACAAUGCGCUCUAUUUUGACAUAAAAGUAUGAAUAUUUGAGAACAUCCCUCCUCUGUUCUUCAUUGGGGGCCUAUUAAUGGGAUUUAACUCGAAUCAGUCAUGCAUAAAUGAUGCAUUAUUUAAAGGUUAAUUGAGGCAGAAACUACAGUAUGAACACAGACAGUUUGAAGGGGCUGAGAGGCAGCAUUAAAGCUCUCUUAAGACUUCUAAAGGUUUGUACUUAAAUGCACCCAACAUGUAGUCUUUGAGAGGCUGUGCUGCUGCUCAUGCAGAAAAACGCCCCACAUUCAUUUAAAGUCCUCUCAUCACACUCUCGACCAUCUGUUUCUCAGGCUCCCUUCGACCUCAGCCACAAACCAUGUGCCUUAUUUCACAGACUUAGAGCAUCAGCUUAUACCUGCAGCGACAAAGUGAAAAAGUGUUUUAUCAAAUCUAAUUUUCACUUUCACUCCAAGAAUUAAUUGUCAGACUGAUUUGCAGACCAUUAUUAUUAAAAGACCUUGAGCCGGCGCUGAAGAAAAAGAAGAAUUAAACCUCUUUCCUGGCUGUUUGCCACCUUCAAAAUUAGUUUGCUGAAGUGCUUCAUUCUUGGAGUAACUGGGAGUGACUGUCUUGAGCUUGAGAAUACCUUAAGAUUGUGAAAGGCUUGAGAUUAUUAAUAAUCAGAACAAUGAAGUGUUAAAAUGGGAAAGUUCAUCACUGUAAGUUUAAAAUGCACCCCGUACAGUGGAUGUUCCCCCACUCACAGAUACAGUAUUGAAAGGCUAAAUUUACACGGUUUUAAUGGCUCUCUCUCCAGCUCAAGUUCAUGAAAAGUGCAUCAGCCUGCGGCAUCUGAAGCAGUGCAAUAAGUCAAGUAGACGUCUCUAUCACACCUAUGAAUUGUAACCUAUUUGCAGGAAACAAGUUAAAUUCCUGCUGGGACUCACCCACACACACUGAGAGAGUGAUGAGAGGAGGUAAGACGCUGCACUCAGGGAAAUCCUCAGUGUAACUCAAAGGAGGUUCACACAACAUGCUUGCUCGGCCAAUAUUUUCCAGCCUGUCAGCAACAACACUCCAGUCGGGUCGCGUCUGGUGUUGAAAUUUAUUCUUUAAUCUUUGUCCAAAACAGUAGAGGGAAGGAGGAUGAGUGGAUCUUUGUUUUUAAUCCAGAAAAUAUUUCUGCUCAGUGAACAGUCUGACUCCAUCAGAAAAAUAAACCAGAAUAUAAAGGUUGAAACUGAAUUCUAUGAUUUUGUGUAUCUGCAGAAAAGGAUUUAUGCUCUGCAAGAAAAGAGGAGAAACUUUGGCCUGUAAAUCUUCCUGCUGCAGUUUUUAGCCCUUUAAAUCACCCUGGGUCAAGUCCGAAGCAGCAGCAGGCAGGUGAUACUUUGCAGACAGUCUCUGUGCACCUGAUACUUUCACACGCCUCCCCUGAAGCAUUAAUUACAGAUGACCUGUCCAGAAAGUUCAGCUUUUCAUCAUGAUGUGUGAAUGUGCGCCUUCAUCCUUCAUAUCUGAAGAGUCACGGUCAGUUAAGUAUUCAUAAAGCUUCACAUAAAAAAAAAAAAAAAACAUGUCAGAGUUGUGGGAGAGUCCUGGCUGGGGAGCGUUUGAGUCUACAGCCUGAGCUUUUUGAACAUGAGAGGGGUUUCUCUCCGAGGAUUCGCUGUGAUCAGCGGGGCCUCCAGGAUGAAGCGAAUGAUAAGAGCGCAGCAGUCAGUCAGAGCCAUCUCAAAUCUCCCUCACAGUUUACUCUGCUGAAGAUUUUUAUCAUCACUCAGAUGUUCUCACUUGUUGCCAGUAUGCUUUUCCCUCCCUUCAGGGAGACAACAGACACCACAAAGAUCUCUGUAGCAAAACAAUUAAGAUAGUUGUGGAGAACUUUAAUCCCCUCAGUAAAAGGACUGCCGUCUCUCCUCUGCUGAUACUCCCUCAAAGGCUGAAAAACUACACCCGGCAAAAAUGAAGGUUUUGAUGAUCAAAACGACACAUUUAUUGGAUGUAAUGAGCUGGACUAAAUUCACUAAACUAAACUAGUUGCCGAACUGGUACAUGUUAAGUCCGGUGUCGUUGCCAAGCCUGGCACCAGAUCUUCUGCCAGUAAUGAAUUGGACAGAGAUCCUGUCUCUGUUUUUACAAUACCAAGCAUGCCAUGAGCUAUCCGUGUCAGUUUCUGAGCAAACUACUGUUUCCACGUCCAAAUGACUCUGAUCCAAGGAGGGGUGAAAAACCCUGUUUCUGUGCCUCUCAAACUGGUCCAGGUGUGAAUGCAUCCUUAGACUUUCUCAUCCUGCAAACAUGUAAAUUCUAUAUUCUGAUGAAAAAUCCAACUUAUGCAUCACUCACUGGGACUCUCAGCUUUGAGAUUAUGUUUUUUUUUAAAAGCAUAUAGCUCACUUUGUCUGACAUCCACCCAAUGGUAGCAGUUACAAGCAUUAAAAUUUAUGAUAAAGGAAUUACAAUUCUUUUCACUAAAGGACCUGUUUGUUUUGAAGGUCGUGGAAUAAUAUUGUAUUAAAAGCAUAAAGGUAUAAAUAUUAAUAUCAGUCUGUUUCAUAAUAAUGAAAAACAUCCUUACACAGGAGCUUUGAGUAUAAAUAAAUUCUGACUUAUGUUAUGAGCAUCAUUAUUCCUGUCUUCCUAGCAUUGUAGCUGCUAGCACACGGCCCCGGGGGAUCAGAUUUUGUGAGGUAAGUCCACCUUUUUGGCUCAGUCUGAAAUAUCUCAAAGAAAAACUUUGGAGUAGCAGCAGGUGUUUGCAUAUUUUUCAGCCCGCACAGCAGCACAGCUAGGACACAAGCUGAGCCGAGUUACAGAUAAAAAUCCCUCUGUUUGCACUGUCAUCGAUCGUGAGCCUACUAGCAUAUUGAUGUUAGCCGUUAGCUACAACCACUUAGCCGUUAGCCGCCAGUUUGGUUUUGAACCAUAUUUUUACCUAAACUCCCGUCUUGACCGACUACUGUUUGGGUUUGUUCAUUUUGAAAUGCAAAUGUAUGCUUGUAAUGAACAGAAAAAGCAGCAGUACAUCGACAGGUAUAGCUCAGGUUUCCCUUCCUCCCCACAUUUCUCUGGUCCGGAGUUUUAGGAGGAAGUGAUUAAGGGUGCAGGUAAGCCUGAGGCUGGGCUGGCACACACUGAGCACUAUGUUUCCCCAACCUC